GUUUCUAUCUAAAAACGAGUAGCAUUUCCAUCCCACAAAAUUAAGUGUGACAAAAAUAACGGUAAUGUAACAUUUAAAUCUGUUUCUUAAGUUUUUUAAAAAGCAAAAUAACUAAAAAGUUAAUAAUUUCAUUCCAAGACAAUGAUAGUGUUGUCAACAAUAUACUGAUAGCCUUGCAUACGCUUUUAUACCGAAAAUAUAAUAAAAUAAGCGUUUGCCAAUCAAAACCGAAAUCUUUUCCGCGAAGAGUUUUUUCACUCAUCCUGCAUCAAAAUCAUUGCUGUUAAUGCACGAAAACCCUCCUACCGUCCCUACCGGGACAUAAUGUCGUGUUAAUUGAAUGUUUUUUUUAUUUCUUUAGUUUUUCUAAAGUAUAAUAUUAUAAUAUUUUUGUUUUUCGCCUCCAUAUAGCCUCAAAAACGCGUCUUCGAAACCGUGGGAAUCGAAAAACGACACGCAGGAUCGAAACGAACGGGCAAAAAAAGCGUAUGGGGCCCUGCUCACGGUUACGGCACGUACGCCCAACAACGACGCGUAUCACAACUUUUCAUACGAGGUAAGUAGAGAGGAACGAAAAUUGUUUUUUUUUUUUUAUACAGGUUAUUAUUUUCCGGGGUUUUUUCGUUCGUUUGUUUAGUGUUGUUUUACUUUUUAAAAACCUUUAUUUUAAUCGUUGCAUAAAUAUUUCGGUCCACGUGACCAUAAAUCGAUCAGUGGAAACCUCGUCGUGUAAAACAACAUUUUCAGCGGACCGACGCGUGUUAUAUUAUUAUAACAGUGUAGGACUUCCUGCGGUAAGGGUGUUUUCCAACAUUCCCUUAAUCUGUCUCUCUACUUGUGUAAAUGACUUAUUCGACGACCCGAAAUGACUGUCUCGUAUAUUAUUUUAUUGUAUUUCCGUCCAAAAAUAUCACAUACUUGUACAUUAUAAAUGUUUUCAUAACGAGUUUAAUACAUACACUGUUGCAGAUUUCAAAUUUUCUGAUAGUCAGGUUUUUUAAAUAAACUUAAAUGCAUAAAUCAUAAAAAAUUUUUUAUUAAACCACGAUAAAUUUAAAAUAACUUAAAAAGAAUUUACCGUACCAAAUUCCAGUAUGAUAAAGAAGCAGGAGUCCACAAAAAAAAUAAAUUCUUGAAAAUCGCUGUCCCCUUUCUCACCCUCCCCCCCACGACAAUUCAAGCAAUGAUUUCACAAAAAUUUUACCAUCACUAUUUAUUACACCGAAAAGGAUCUACCUUAUAAAUAUAUUGUAAACAUAUUUCCGAAGUAUGAACUCAUGAUAAUUUAAUAUUGAUAAAUUUCCACCAAAGCAAUUUAUAUACUUGCACUGUAUAGAAAAACCACAACCCUUUCCUUACACACAGUGUCUGGUCAAAAUAGAACAUCGGUUUCGUUCAUUGAUGCGAGUAUAACCCGAUUUGUGUAUGUUUACUGUUUGGGUUUUAUGCAAUAAAUUUAUAUUUAUAGUUUUUAUAUUCACUUAAAAUAUGAUUUUUAAUUUAGUGAUAAAAAUAAUUAAAUUGUUUGUUUCUGUUAUUUUUUUUUUUUUGUAUUCAAAAAAUGUGACAUUUUUUAUUAUUAAGAUAUCAAUUGCGAUAAAGGAAACUCGUUUUUCGGAUUAAAUAGCUCACGAGCGAUACAUAUGUGUACGUUACUAACCUAACUAGAGUGGAUAUUUAUAUGCAUUUGCAUAUUAUAAAAAAAUGGGUACAUAAAAUAAUUAUUACACAAAUAUUUAGUUUACAAUUAAAUGUGUUUAAUGGCCAUUUAUAUAGGUACAGAAGGUUUUAAUUUGAAUAUUUUGGAUUUUUAGAACAAAUUUUGAUGAUUUCGUAUAUUUGUGUAGCAUAUUUUAAGAAAUUGAUUUCAUAUAUUUUUAGAAAACACUAAACUCAGCUAAACUAGAAUCACAAUAUAUACAAAGACGAACGUACUUUACAUGAUGGGAGAGUUACUGUUGUAAGGUAGGAUAUAAAGAGGAAUUCGAUGCAUAUCUUUAUGCAGCAAUUAAUUAUUGCUAAUACUAAACGAUUCUGAGCAGAGUGUGGUUACACGUGUUUAAAAGGCAAAAUUUGAUAUUAAUAUUUUUACACAUUUUCUUUCAGAAAAGGUGUAACAGUUGAAAAUCAGAAAAAGUUUUUUCGUCGAAAUUUUGAACACAGUAAAAAGAAAAUUUUACAAAAAUUAAACAUCAUAGUAAAACCAAUAUAUUCCUUGCUUUACCCAGAAUCUAAAACAACGGUUAUCAUGUUAUUGUGAAAAUUUCAAUAUUUUUGUCUGAUGAAGUACCUACAAAAAAAGGUCUUCUAGAAGAUUUCACAAUCCAAUACUCGGUAUAUUAUAAAUGUAUAAUAUAAUUUAUUAUUUGGUAGUUUUAUCUCAUAUAUGAUUUUAACUGAUAUCAGGAGAAUAUGUUAUAUUAUGGCUAUUAUGUUAUAAAUAGGAAAAUAUAUGAAGUAAAAUAUAGUCAUAUUAGAUACAAAGUUAAAUUUAUUAUGUGUCCCCUUUAUUAGUUAAUAUAAUUUUUUCACUUUUUAUUCACUUAUAAUUUGUAUCUAUUCAGUUUUCUUUUUUGUUUGCAACUUUGAUUUUUUUUUUUUUUUGUUCACGGGUAGAUUUUUAUAAUAGCAUUUUUUUUUGUUUUCUUUAAUUAAAUUAACGUGCUUCGUAUACCUAUUCUCAUAUCAACGAAUGGAUUUUCGGAAAAUGAAUAGUUUUUUUUUUUCGUAAGACGUGUCAGAACGUAUCUUACUUGUAUCAUCAUACGGCUAUUAUUAUUACGGAUGGAAAAUAAACUGAAAUAAAUUUAUCUGUUAACUGUUCCACUGUUUUAGGUGGUAAAUUGAUUAUUCAGGAUACUUUAGAGUUAUUUAAUUUAUAUCUAUACGCAACGAUAAAUUAUUAGUCCCGAAAUAUAUUUCUGGGCAAAGUUUGGCUGUAUAUAUUUUCAAAUGAGUAUCGUCAAAAUUUGAAUCUAAAACGUUUAGAUUACUAAGUUAAACUUAUAAUGAAUGUCAAAUUAUGUGUUCAAGUAAUUGUAUUUAAUCAAACUGUUUUAUCCACAAAAUACCUACACAAUAAAAACUACGUAAAAGAAUUUGUAAAUAUAAAUUGCUUAUAGACACCUCAAAAAUGUUUUAAAAAUAUAACCACGUCUAAAAAAAGUGAAUUUUAGUAUUUUGUAAAAAUGUCAAUGUCUUACGAAUAUUUUUAACUGAAUAAAAACACAAAAAAAAAAAAUCUUAAAUACUGAAACCAUUAUUAUCGUAAACAUUCCGGUUUUUCCUAAGUUUUUUUUACAGUUUGAAAUGAUGAAAAAAUGGCUUCUUCGAAUUGAUUAAAAGCUUAAUAAAAAAAAAAAAAUCUCUUUUUUAAUUUGUUGGUUGAAGCAAGAUGUCUGGUUGAAAAUUUGUUUUAAGAUGCAAAAUAUCGAACAAAUAAAAAAUAAAAUAUCUCGUCACGUCAUUGUAUACCUAAUGCGUUAAUCGCUGCGCCUUCAAUCUAAAUGUAUAUUAUUUACAUUACAACGGAUCACACGACCAAUAUAGGGGCCGAUCGGUGUGAUUUGCAUUUACGGAAGAUUUAUAUUUUCAUUAAUAGAUAGGGUACAAAACGUGUCAUGUUAUCCUUAUAAGCUGGCUGAGCUAAAAUUAUAAUAUUAUUUAUUUUUUUUCAAACCCUGUCAAAAUACGAAACGAUGAAUAAUUUAUAACACUUUAGGGAAUAAUGGUUAUGAAAAAAAAACCCGUAGAUACACACACAUAAACACGCAUAUACGUGAAACACAACAAAUUAUCAUAAUUUACAAGUGCGUGAAUAUACUGCAGGGUUGGCCGUAAUAAUAAUAAUAAUAUAUCAACAGUGUUUUCGUUACGAAUUAAUUCGCACAUAAUUAUAUUAUUUGGACGCAUUCAUAUACAUACUCGUGCACAAACACAAAUCCGCGAGAUUUUUUCAUACACGCGUUCGCGUUGUAUAUAAUGGUAUGGAACAAAAUAAAAAUAAAAAACUUCUUUGUUACUUCACUGCCCAUGUUUUUGUACUCUUAAUGGCCGCGUUUCAAACACAUGUUUAUUUACACACGUACAAAUAUUAGCCCAGCUCGUUUUUGAGCAUAUUUUUCAAUCUCCGUAAAUAUGCAUUUUAUCACGAUCGAAUGACUGUGUACUUUUUUUGGAUUUUUCCCGUAAAUUGAAACUAUUUCACCGUAUUGUUUGUCUGUUAUGAUUAAAACGUAUAUACCAUUUAUUAUAUAUAAUAUGUACCUCUUUUCACUACUUUUAUAGACGUUUAGGUUUUUAAUUUCUGGACUAAAAUAAUGAGCUCAAACCCAGGAAUUUUCUUUUUUUGAUGGAUUUAAGUGAAACGAUUUCGGAUAAAUUUCAAUAUUAAUUUCAACAGGUUAUUUUGAAGAAGCGUGUUUUUUUAGCAGUGUAUCUACACUCCUAAUAUUUGCCCGGUAAAAAUAUCAGAAUGUGUCUUUCAAAAGUUUCCUCUCUCAGCCCUUACUCCCGACGUCUGUUUGUAUAGAAGUAGAAAUCCAGAGACCUACUUUACUUAUUUUGACGUUACUUUUUCUUAUUCAAUUCUAUACUACUGCCGAAACGUUAUAGCAUACUUUUUCACCUGAAAUGUCAAUGUAUUUAGAAACUGAAACGAAAUUGUAAAAAAUGUCUAUAAAUACAUGAUUAAACUCUGGUAACCUUACUAAUUUUAAAUCAAUUCUAAAACAAUUAAAAUAUUUUUAUGCCAUGUCGACUUGGAGAAAAUUCGACUUUGGUGAUGCUGCAAUUCUCCCAUUCACGGGCGUUUUUAUAAUUCAUGUAUAAAAUAUUAAACAACGCAUUUAAAAUAUACACUUAUUUGGUUUCAUUUUUCUACACUUUUAUAACUUUUUUAUUAAUUUUCCUAAGAAAAUGUAUUUAUUAUAUAGACGAAAUUGUUUAGUUUUAAAUAACAUUAUUGAGAAUAUUUUCUCGAGACGACGUUUUAUGAUUUUUAUUCUUUAUUCCUUCAACCAACUCAACAAGUGCGUAAUGAAAUUUUCACUUAAGUUUUUUUUUUUUUAAAUUUGGGUCUUUUAUUAAAAUAAAAUAAGCAUUUUAAAUGGCUUUAGGACGUUAUUCUAGAUUCGGGCUCUAAAAUAGUUAUCAUUAGCAGACAAAUCUGAGAUUGAAAUUGAAAUUGAAAGAAAAUAUAUUUAUUUUGAGCUGGGAAUUUCGCAUUAAAAAUACCUUUACAAUUAUAGUGUUUACGGGUACAAAAAAUAAAAUAGUUUUAAUGUAAAUGCAUUUGGUAUCAUAUCGUAUAACAACAUAAGCCGGAACACGAAAAUUAAAUCGGAUAACAAAUGUGAUGCAAUUUCAUUAAAACAUUAAAAAUAUAAAAACAGGGCUUACGAAGACAUGAUGAUACUCGACGUAUUUCGCAAGGUGAGUCGAGCCAAAAUAAUGAAACAUAUUUCUACAAAAAUACUGCACCUUAAUUUUUUUAGGUUAUUUUACUUUAUUACUUUUUAGUUUUCUUUUUUUUUUGUUUUGAGACUUUCAAAUUGUAUGCAACUAAUUCCACUGAGAAGUUCUCAUUUUUUUCAAAAUAAAAUCGUGCGACGUGUGUGACGUCCGAAUAGUUUUCUACUACAAAAAAAGAACAUCUCCUUUACUGUAGAUUGAUAAAAAUUAAAAAACUCCACUACGAAAUUUAUUUAAACUUGAACUUUAUCUAUUUAUCUAUUUAUAGAUAUUUUAAAAAAAGGUUUCCAUUCAAAAAUCCAAAUGCGGCAAGUAUUUUAUGUCGUUUUCAAAUAUAAGCUCGAAAAAAUAAUGGUGAUAUAACAGUUUUUAGAAUGUACGUUUUAAUAAAAAUGUUCACAUAUUGACUGUUUUUUUUUUUUUAUAUAAGAUUAUCUUUGGUAAAAUGGAUUGUUAUAUAUAAUUCAGUAGUGAAUGCGGUCUGUGUUGUGCACUCGUCGGGUUGCAUAAACGAUCCAUAAAAAUGGCUCGAUAACUUACCAUAAUUUUUUGAUUAAAACCAUUAGAUAAAUCACUGUAUUAUUCUCAUAAAUAAUCAUAAUAUACUGUUUAAUAUAUUCUUCAUCACAAAUUGAUCGCGGUUGUGGUUCUACAUAAUAUUAUAUUAAUUAAAUACAAGUUAACAUAAUAGAAGUCGCGUAUAAUGUAUUACAGCAAUUAUUACGAUUAUAAAUAAACGAUAAAACUAUACGAUGUACUCGUGUGUCGUUCUAAUCCAAAUCCAAUGUGAUUUUACAAUUAUUUUAACCACCACUGAUGAUGAUGAUUACCAUGUAUUUAAAUUAUUUUAAUAAUAUUUCCUUUAAUUAACGCGCAAAAUAUUAAUGUAUUAAUUACUGUGAAAAUGUAUUGUGUUAUCAGUUCAAUAAAGUUACGGAACUGUUAUAAUAUUUAUCGAGAAUUUAAAUUAUCAAUCCAAUAAGAGGUUGAAUAUAUAAGAUUAAAUAGUCGGAUAAACGAGAGAGUUUAGGCAAAAACAUUUUUUUCCCCUUUGUCACUUAGAUAAAUAUUAUUUACUUCCGAAAAAAAACUGGGUUUUUUCAAAAAUGAUAUUUUGAGGAAAUUUUAGUUAUCCGAAAAAUUCAGAAUAUGUCCAGAACAUUUUCCAUCGGCUUUUUUUUAAGAAAUUUUGAUCUUUAGUGACAACUUAUCGUUUUAGAUGAAUAAUUUGAUUUUCUAAAAUAUUAGCGUUAUUAUAAUAAUUAUGUACACUAAUAAGUACGUUUUUGUUUUUAUUAUAAAAUAUAAGGCUUCUGGAAUUUAAGAAACGAACGACCCAAAAAUAUAAUAAAAAUACAAUGGCCACGUAAAUAAACUUUAUACGCGGACUUAGUGAAUUAUCGUGUCUUACAAGCAACGCACAAAUUCUGAGCCCACGUUUUUUGAAUUUAUUAUUGCGAACAUUAUCAUUAUUUUUAUUAUUAUUUUUUGUGCGUAAUAUUUCCGACUGUAUUUUUUUUUAUUUUUCAUUUUAUAACGUGACUCGUUCAAACGCUACUAUACAUAUAUUGCCGUGUGAUAGUAAUCUUUUGUAUAUUUUGUAUUCAAAUAAUAUAAUAUAAUAUCGCCAUUGUAUUGUACGCUUACUCCCGCGUCCGUUUUAAGUAUAUUUUUCCGCCCCCUUUUCUUAAACAAUUCGUAAAACCCGCGAAAGCUGAUUAACAUCGUGAGGUUUUAUAGCGUUUUAUUAUACUUAUAUUUUAUUCCAACCUAAAGUAACGUCUAUUACGACUCGACGAAAAUCAUGGGGUUUUUUUUUUUUCAUAUUUUCGCCCAUUGAUGUCACACUGCGUUGAAACUGAAAAAUAACACGCGAUCCUCACUUAUGGAAACUUACUCGCUUACUAACUUAUACUUAUUAAGUGUUAAAAAUAACAACCAAAUAAAAUAAUUAAAAACACACAAUGACGGAACACGACGUCUUAGGGUCUGUUAUCUCGCAAAUACUGGGCAAUUAAAAAUUUAAAUGCUUUUUAUUUUUAUUCACUUAGUUAAUGGAUAAAAAAAAAAUAUAGCAUUAAAUAUUUGCAUAAAAAAACUGAAAAUAAUUCCGUCAAUGUUAAUAAAAUAUUCUUGUAAGAGUACAGGGUUUUAGUGUUUAUUUUUUUUCAUUCUCGUUCGUUUUAAAAAUUUAACUUACGUCAAUACAAUUAUUGUUUUUAUCGAAACUUUUUUUAAAUUAGAUUGCCAGUAUAGUGAGACAAUAAGAUGUGUGUUUUUAUUUCCGGGAAAACGUCUUUUUAAAUUAGGACUAAUGAUCCGAUUUCUCCAUCUAAUACCGUAACAAACGUGUGGUGUUCGCGAGAUAGUACAUUAUUUAAAACAUUGUUUGAAAUUCUCUACUCUUUUUCUAGAAUUUAAAUGAACUGAUAACUAGUGAUGAUAAUAUACCAGUUUUAGUUUUGUUAAUUCUUAGUUACUUUAGCUACAAGGGGAAAAACCCGGCUAAUACUGAAUCCUUAAUACUGAACAGUUUUUCCAAGAUUCGUUUAGAAACGUUAUUAUUUACAACAAAUUAAAGUUGCUUCAGUAUAAUAUAUAAACUAAAUCACUCUUUAUUUUAUUUAUCUCUGUGGGGAGAUACACAGCAGUGACCGAAGUAUAUCCCGCUUAUAUACAUAUUUUAUUGGUUGAAUUAGUGUUUUUUUUUUUUUUUUUUACCUGUCUCUGAAUUUUUGUAUUAGAUUAUGAGCCUAACCUUUUUGUGUUUUGGAUUUGUGUUUUUUUCCUACCUAUUAACAAUAUAUCUACCAAAAGCAUUACACCGAUUUUAGUAUCGAUCAAGUAUUUUUUAUGAAAGUAAUUUAUGACAGCAAAUCAUGUACCUUGUUAAUAUAUGCAUUAUGAGGAGGACAUUUUAUGAUAUUUCAGGCAGUUUUCUAAACAAUUGAAAAAAUACACAGGAAGGGUAGGAAAUUUUACGGCAGUAACAGUUUCCGUUAUUACUUAUUUUUAAUUCGGUUCAAAAUAAUCAUAUCUAAUUUUCCAAUAUAGUUGUAUAAUUUCAAAAAUAUUACGACUAUAGUCAUUAUAGUAAUAAUAGUAAUUUUGAAUUGUUUGAUUAUUCUAGAAUUAACUUAUGCAAGUAUAUAGGUAAAUUUAAAUACCCAGAAAUUAAGCGUAAUUUCACUGGAAGAAUCACACCACAGUGACCUACCAUCGGCGGUAUAAAAAUAUAAGAUCUAUUGUUUUUUUUUUUUUUUUUGGUUUUUUAGUUAUUUCCGGUGUUUUUCUUCCUGCAUUCAAUACAUAAUAUAUAUAAACGAAAAUGGAAUUAUUAAUGGAGGGCACGUUACAACGAAUCCCAAAACCACCGUGCACUUAAGUUUAUUAGAGUACAUAUACUGUAUUGUAUUAUACAUAGGACUCCCUUACAAGGAUAAUAUCUACCCAAGAGUACUGUAAACACUCCGCCACUUAAAAACAACAGACCCUCGAGGGACGGUCUGUACAACAUCGUGUAUCGGCAUGCAGACAUUAUUAUUAUAAUAUAAUAUGAUAUUAUAGAACAGACGCUUUUCCACGAUAAUUUUGCAUUUAGUUGAAAACGAAUAAAGACCCGAUUACUGGCGAUAUCUUGUACGAAAACCGAGCGAAUAAAUCCCCUACCUACCGAUUUAUAAAAAAAAAACACGGUUUUGAUAUUUCGGUUAGGUAUGCUGAACAAAAUAUUUUGGUAUGCUAUUCGGUUAGGUUAGGUUGUAAUAUGCAUACAUUAAAUCUAAACAAUUAUUAUAAACGUGAUCAUAACACGUAACUGAUAUAAGAACUGUUGUACAGUAAUAUACAUUUUCAUAAAAAAAUAGUAUAGUUUUGUUAAUUGUUCAAAUUCAAUGACUUUCUGAUUAUUAUAUUGUAUUUUGUCAUUAUAUUUUUAAUCAACACGAGAUUAAAAAUGUAUUUUAUAGAUUUUGACAAAAUUUUUAAAGACAAAUCCAAUAUAAACAAAUAUUAAUUAAAUGUAGUAAACUUUAUUACAAAGUACAAAUUUCCAUUUAAACUUUCAUAUGAACAUUCAAAUUUUUUCUGACAUUAUAAUGUUGGUAUUAUAAUAUUAUAGUUUGUUACCACCAUGUGAUUUAUGAAAUUGAAACAACGCGAUACAAUAUUAUUACUAAACAAGUAAUAACUGAUAUGCCAUAAUUUUAUUAUACGUCAUGCAAUUGCUUAAGAUACAAACCAUUCGAAUAUAAAAAAUUAAAUUUAAAAACAAAUUUCAAAAUUUUCAGAAAAUAUCGGUAGUAAAAAAAAAAUUCAUACUUAUUAUUAUUGAUUGUUUUGUGUCUGUACUUUAUAAAUUGUUAAUAAAAGUCAAUGAAUUUCAAACAUCACUUUUAUUGUUCGUGGGUUGUCAAUGACAUCGCAAACUUCGCUGUUCUUAGUUGUUUGACCGUACGAGAUUUUGUUGAGGUUGAUAGUCGAUAAAAUUAAAAAUAUUUCUGGUUUGUCUCAGGUGAAAAAAAUGGCCAAAGAAAAGUUCAAUUACACGUUCGGCAACGAAGCUGUGUCCACAUCCGUGACGGCCUUCUACGACGCGGUGCUUCUGUACGGAUUGGCGCUGAACCAGACGCUGGCUACGGGUGGCAACCAGACGGACGGUGCAGCAAUCGUAAAAGCAAUGUGGAACAGGACGUUUACCGGAAUCACCGGUGAUGUCAACAUCGACAGCAACGGCGACCGGAUUGCCGAUUAUUCGCUGCUUGAUAUGGACCCAAAAACCAACGAGUUUAAGGUAGGCCCGCACAUAGGAUUUUAUUUCCUAAAAAAAAAAAAAAACUCUAAUCAUUAAAAAUUGAAUCGACUAAGAAAAAAAACUAUAAAGCCUAAGAAAUUACUGUUAAGAAUUUUUUUUUUUAAAAAUUCGUUGAAUUCGAUGCCAUCAAAUGUUCGCACUUUAUAUUAUAACAGUCGCUUUAGCCUUUACUACACAGUAUAGUAUUUUUACAUUUUAUUUUUAAUAGGUAUUUGAUAUAGUAUUGGUUGAAAAAAAAAACAUAAAACAUCAAUUAUUCAGAUAUUUCUAAUAUGUCGUUCUAUUGAUUUGAUCGUAUCGAUGCUUGAUUAUGGGCUUUAUAGACUGUGUUGUUAUCCACAACACGUUAUCACGUUGAUGGCAUUACUUUUUCUGUCGACACUCGUUAUAUUUAAUCUUCAUUUCACAACAUCAUAUAACACGCAAACCUUUUAAGUUUUAACCAUUGUGGUUUUAGAUAAUUCGUUUAAAACAACGUUUAGGUGUCGUCAGAUAAUAUCUUUUCGCUGACUGUUUCGUCGUUUUAAAACAACCGAUAAUAUUGACUGUUUUGAUAUUAUCGAUAAAUCUUUUUUUUUUUUUUUAGUUUUCAUAAGCCAUGUGGGUCCUAUGCUGCCUCAAAUAAAUUGAUGUUUCUUUUAUCUGCAUUUUUCAUUCCUGCUAUUUCAUCUAACCGAUUUUUCUUUACUAGCCAUCAUAUUUGUUGCCUUUCUCUGAGGCGUAUUUUAUUUGAAUUUAUGACUAAACUCUGUCCGGUGUUCAUUCCGAACGAAGCAAGAAAACGAGGUACUUUUUUUAAUUUUCAUUAUCACUUUUUGAGUGAAAUAGUAAAAAAAAAAAAAAACUCUAAAACACUUUCAUACGCCUUGUACCAAAAGAGAAACAGAUUUUACGGUCAGUGUGCUACCUACAUUUUAAUCGAGACAUUUUUUUCCGUAGAUUCUCAACGGAUAUUUUCGUAUUUUUUUAAUUUAUACUCCUUUCAAAAUACCACAGUUAAAAUACAUGCAUUUUUUAUUUUUAAUUAAAUGUAAAUAUUAAACUUUUAAGUUAAAAGUAAUCGCUUGUGGCGGCAAUAUUUAAAGCGCCCUAAUGAAAAACCUUUUUUUUUCUAACAAUUUUAAUCGUGUUUAGUUGUACGAGUUUGAAAUAUUAUUAAUUCAAUAAUAAAUUCGCCGUAAUUUUUAACAAGUAUUAUUAAUUUGUUAUUCCCCGUGGUAUUAAUUAACUUAACAUUUUACAAAACCAAUCAGUUUUGGCUUCAAAAUAAAGAAAGCUAUUACGUUUAUAAUCUCCCUAAUGAAUAAUUCCGGUGUCAUAUUACUUACAUUUUUAAAUUACUAAAAAAUCGUAGAAAAUAAAAGUACUUAUUUUAACAAAAGUUUCAACCACUAAAAAUUUUCUAAAUCUCUUUUUUUCAAAAUGGCUAUUUAAAUUUUUUUUUAAAAAAAUUAAAGAAAAAUUAAAAAUUUUUUUUUCUGGUCCCCCUCUCCCCAAACAAAAUAUGUUCAUAUAUAAAUUGUAGCAAAGAGACCUAAUAAAUAUUUAAAAUAAAAUAUAAAUAUAUCAAACAUAUUAAAUAGUUUUAAAUUAAAUUAAACAAUUUUAAUUUAUUUUAUUUUAUAUUAUAUCUCCAAGUUUUUAAUAGACUUACGAAACGGAUGACCAAAAAUUAUAUAAAAAAGCUCAUUUUAACUUAAAUGAACUGACCAAAUCGUUGCCGAAAUCCAUGUGACAUAAUUAUAGAAAUAGACAAAUUUUCAGUGUAAUUUGAACUUUUUAAUGAAAUGUAAAAAUAUAUCUCGAGAUUGGGUAACUAUUGUGUUGGAACGUGGAAUAAUAGCCAUUCAUGAAAUUCAAGGCACUCAAUUUUAAUCAGAUAGCUGCACUUUCUGGAGAAAAAAAUCUCAUUUCAACCUCAUCAUACCACCGCAGAAGAUAAUAUUUAGCACACAAAAAUCGAAAAAAAACAAUUCUGGACAAUGACUUUACAAAAGGGUAAAUUUAAAUUGGCUCGGAUAAUGCCGGUUGGAAAAGCCAACUUAUUUCAAAUGUAAAUAUUUGUAUAGUCGUUAAAUUUUUUUUUUUAUCAUAAAUAGAAUAAAUAAUGGAUCUAUUGAAAGAACAAGAAUGGUCGAUUUUUAUUUGUAUUUCUUUUUUUGUUGUUAUCUUUUUUUAGUGCUUUGUAUUGGUCUCGACAAUUAAGUACUAUCUAAUGAUAUUAAAUUAUCAAAGGGCAUACCCUAAACUAUAAAAAAUUCGGCGACAUCGGUGGUUAAAAAUGUUCGUAAAUAAGAAUAGUAAACUUAAAAAUGUAUUUUCUCCAAAUUUAAAAUCUGCGAGUAAUUGUGAAUAUAAUAAAUUGUGUUCCGGUCUAUACGAAUAACGUGUCAACAGAAAUACUGAAGCGAGUCAUGCUGUGAUUCAAUGAUACAAUAGUGUUAGUGUUUACAUCAUGUAUUUUUCGAGCCGUUAAGAAAUACUAAUAAAAAAAAAAAAAAAAAAAAAAAAAAAAAAAAAAAAUUAAAAUAUAAAAUCAUCCGUGCCCGAGACGAGAUUACGGUGAACGUCGUUUAUUCGCGUAAAAUAAAUAAUUCCUUCGAACCGUUUUUCAGCAGUGAACGUAUAUAGAGUAUUAUGCAGAAUAAGACGAAUCGUAAAUAUGUUUAUGUAGAAAGUCAAUCGAAAAAUGUAAAUAGAACGAAAUAAAAAACAAACAAAAAAUGUAUUUCGUGUAAAUACAGAAACAAAAAACUGUAUAUUACAACAAUCAGUUUUCCAAGAAUGUAAUCUCGGCAAGGCGGCGGCUCUGUCUCUUAGCUCCAAAUAGUCCGUGGAAAUAUUAUGAUUUUCAAAUAAGUAUUUAGCUUAAACUCUCGAAAACUAUAUUAUUAUUAUAUUUCAUCUUUUACACGUCAUUGUCUGUAUUGAACUUUUUUUAGUUUUCUCCACGGGUUUAGUAUGCACUCCGGGACAAAAUCGUAAUUUAUUAUUAUCGAAUAUUUUCACCGAUGACGGGGGAAUAUUUCAAAGUCGGUAAACAAGUGGAUUUCCAUUUAGACAUUUUUAUAAAUUUACUUUAUCGAUGACGUACCCGUACGUUUCAUACAAUAUGAUAUGUCCACUUAGGAGAAAUCAUCAAAAGUUAAAAAAUAAACCCGUCGCUGCUUUUGAUUGAAAUUCAGUUAAACACGUUUUACGUUUAAUAUUAGGCAUUUUGAUAAGCCAAAACAAUUUACUGUACAGGGUGGUCUACAACAUUAUUCGAAUUCUAUUAACUCUGUUAAUCUUCAUGUUUAUUUUUCAACCAGAUUUAGUGCCAGGGAAAUACCAUAAUUGCAUAUUUAUUUUAAAAAUCACUGAAAAAAAAAUACUUUUUUAUUUUUCACAUUUUAAAAUUUACAAAUUUAUAAAAAAUAUUAUUCUGAUAAUUUGAAUGUAUCAUGUACUCAUAUCCAAUCAAUUGAUUCUUAAUACUAGCCGUUAAUAAGAAUAACACAAUACGCGAUAAGGAAUCAAAAUCAGCACGGAAUUCAUUAUUAUCUAUUGAGUAUUUAUUUAUUUUCACACCUUAUUUUUAUACUAAUAUUUACAAAGCUAAUAGUAUUUAGGUUACAAUCUAGAAUACCCUGUAUUCGUAUACAUCGGAAAAUCGAAUGCAAAAUGUUAUAAUUUAUAUAAUUUCCGUCAUAAUUAAACCUCAACUCUUUGAUCAGCACUAAUAGUUCCACACGAACUGCCCCUUUUAUAUAGCUACUACCACAGUAACGGUAAAUAUAUAGCUGCCGUCACAGCCGGGUCUUUACAAGGCCCCCAAAUUAUCCGUUAUACUUCUCCACUUCAACUGCCAUUGCAAUUCGCCAUUGCCAUCGGCGCACGCUUCCUUUCGUUGUAUGCAAAAUGCCGUGAUUCAAAAAUUUAAAAUGCUCAUAAUUUUUCACUGAAAAUGCUAUGUCGAUAAAAUUUCAAUAAAAGUAUUCUAUGCAAAUUUCAGAGCUCUAUGAAUAUUUUAAAACUGAGUUAUGGCAAAAAUAUAAAAUCAAAAUAUUGGAUUAUAGUCUCCUAUUUGAAAUUAUUUAUAAUAAUAAUGUGAUAUGCAUGUAUGUACCAAGAUGAGACCCGUUUUUUUUUAUCUCCAUUUUCUUUAUAGGAGAAAUUUCGAUUUAAUAGAAAGUUUAUGAAGACAUCUUUUUUGCCCUCGGAAAAAAUUACAGUACAUCUCAAACUCGAGUGUAGUUGACGUUCUUAUCAAACAUAUAUUUUUCUCGUCUAAGUUUCCUUGAAAAUAGAGACUAUUGCAGUCUAUUUUGUCUCUUGUUAUUUUUUUCCCGUAAACUACUUUCAUAUACUUUAAUAGGCUUCUUUCUGAACGGAGUUAUCCGGACUAGUCCGAGCUCAAGCAUAAGAUUUGUUUUAUAAGUGGAUUGAAGCUAUAUAAAUUUCAUUAUUCAGUAUGCUUUUGUGGGCAUACUAUUUUAAAUCUUUGAACCUACCUGAUGUUUUUGAACUUUGGGCAUAACUAAAGAUCUUCAAAUCUAAAGUUUACAUUUCGUAUAUGACUAUCUUUAGUAUCAAGUAUAUAGCUUUUGGGGUUUGAAUCUUUUAAUCCAAAUGCCUAUUAUUCUUGUGCUUAAAUAUAAAAUUUUGAAUUUGUAUUUUUUGAAGUAAUUUAAAUUCAAUAUAGUUUUAUAGUAUUUACUUGUUAUUAUUUUACAAAGAAUGUUAUUUAAACACAAAUUUUGGACAGGAAUCAUGCACUAAUGGCGAACCUAUGUUACUCACGAGUAUUUUCUCUUAAAACUAUAGUAAUAUUAUUAUAUACGAACAGUCGUCUGUCGUAUUAUUACGAGGUGUUCGCUGUAUAUACUGCGCACAUAAGUUAAGAUUGUAUGCAGUAAAAACACGGUAUCAAAUGCAGUCACUUGAAUGGAAACACGAUAAUGUUAAACUUAUACGAUUAUAUUAACCUACACGAAAAUUUUUAGUGAAAUCGAUUUUGGUGUAGGGAAGUUUUCAGUCUUUUUCCGAAAAUAUUUAAAUCAUAUUUAAGAUAUUUUGAAUCUGCGUAAACGAUGUGACAGUAUCGGUGACAUGUCCAACACAAAAUGAGGACAGGGAUUAUUUUUUUUUUAAAAAAAUAAUUGAUGAUUGAUCGUGGUUUUGAAAGAUAAAAAAAAACCAUGUUCGCAAAACAAUUUAGCCGCGAAUUAACGAACCGGCAUUGGUUUUGAUAUUCAGAGCUGUGGUUCAUGGAAAAAGUAUGAAAGAUGUUGACCGUGAUAUUGACGAUACAUUGUAUUUACCUGUAAUAACAAUCCCCAUAGGCCUCGUAAAUCCAGGUGAAAUGAAAGAACUCGGUUCCACUUUCUGCUAUCGGGUCUAAUAUUAAAGGAAUACAAAUAGGCUUCGAAUAUCUAAUCCGAGAACGGUAUUAUUAUUCUAAUAAACGUCACUGUGAAAAAAUGUAAUAAAAUCCUCAUAAAAUGUAUUUAUUUAAAAUAUUUGUAGGGACGAAGUUAUAUAUUAAGGUUUUUUUUUUUUUUAUAUCAUAAACUCAUUUACAUUUCCCACUUAAUAAAAUGUACGGAUUAUCAACCUGUUUGAAUUUGAAUAGAAAAUGUUUCCUAAAUUCUCGGCGGAUUUUCUGAAAAAAUUUCGAAAUUCAAGUUUAUUACAAAACGUGAUGACGAUUUACUGGUUUCGAACAAAAUCUAUGAUACGACUAAAUUACUAAGGUUUUAAAAUAUUUUGAAGUAAGAUUUUAAAAUUUAAAUUUAAAUUAUUUCAAAGUGCUCACAAAGACACACUCGAGUCGACAAUCAUAUAUGAAUGUGCUCUUUUUGGUAAUAAAUUUAUUAUUUUUUAAUUUGUGGUUUCUUUUGGUUUUACACACAAACAAAAAAAAACUACUUAUUCUAAAACCAAUCGAAUAUUAUAAUUCAUUACGUCCCACGCACAACAAAGACCGUUACGAUCAACCCACGAUGUAAAAAUGUAUGUUUACCUUACCCUUUUUUUAAUGUAUAUUUUCUAUCGUGCAAUAUUUGUAUUGUAUUGCCUAGUACCCCAAAAAAUUAAGAUUCGUGAUAAUCCGUCUAAUUUCCGACAGAUCAUUUUUGUUUCCAUUUUGCGUUUUGGAUUUAAAAAUCACACGGCGCACGACAUACCUUAUUUUAUCACGUCGACGUAAAUGUACUGAAAUUGCCUGGCUCCGACGCCAGUUAUAAUUAAGGAUGAUAUAAUUUUAGAACGAGUAUUAUUAUCUAUUCAGUUCAGAUCAGUCGAAAUUAAUAUUUUAAUCACUGAGCAAGUUUAUGUUUACCUUCUUGAAUAUUUAGCAAUACAAUAUUGUUUAUCAAUCAAUGCAUAAUUUUGAAAUUGAUUUGACAAUAUUUUUCAUCCGACAAUAAGAAAACAAAAUUGUUAAUGUUUCGAUGCUACUGUGAGAAAAUAAAACAGAUAUCUGAAUUUCGGAAGUUUUGUGCAUUCCCAAAAGAUAAAAUAAUACAAGCGGUCUUUCUCUCGAAAUUAUUAAUUAUUUCGUUAGAGCACGAAAUAAAUAAGUAUAUAUAUAUAUAUAGUGUCGGACGAUUUUUCGCGAGUUACAGACGAUGUUUAGAUAUAUUUCGCUACAUUUAAAAAAGAAAACAAUGAUUUAUACAAUUUACCGGUGGAAACAUUUUUCAACGAGAAAAUUACUUUUAAAUGUUAUGCAUAAUAACAACGCGAGGGAAAUUAAAAUUGUAUGACUUUUUCAUAGUUAUUAUAAAUUGAAUACGAGUAAGUACAUUGAAGCACACGAAUGAGAUAUAAUUAUUAUAAAUUAAAAUGAUAAAACGUGAGUUGUGGAGUAAAAAUAUCCCAUUAAUGUUUGUUUUAUACAUCUAAGCCAUUUUGGAUUAUAUUUUUUUUUUUACUGUCACACAUAAUUUCACAUAAUUACUUUAACUUGAUUAAAUUUUUAACACUGAUGUAAUGCAAGUUAUUUUCAAUAUCACAUUGUAUUCAAGGGGAUUUAAAAUUCAUUUUUUUGUUCAUACUAACCAGUUGUUACGACAGUAGUUUAUUCUUAAAAUUAAUUCUUAGAAAUGGUUGAGCACUGACUUCCAACUAAAAUAUUAGGUUGAUUUUUUAGAGAAAUCUAUUUACAAAUAAGUUUAUACAAAUUGGCUGAUGCAAUUAAUGAAAAUUGAAUUGUAAAUCAUCUUUUUUUUUUUUCAUAUAAUUCCGAAACAACCAAAUGUAUGCAUGUAUAUAAAUAUAUAGUUAUUAAUAAAAAUUAAUUUUUCAUACAAUUGUGUUUAUUUUUUUUUUUUUUGACAGGUUGUGGCCAACUACAUCGGAGUAAAACAAUCGUUAGAAUACGUGCCAGGAAUGAGCAUUCACUGGGCGGGUGGCAGAACAACUCCUCCUCCGGACACUCCAACUUGUGGAUUUGACAAUUCCAAAUGCCAAAGUAAUCAUUUUUUUUUUUUUUUUUUUUACUUAGGGUUCAACUGUUCGUUUAAAAAUGAGUGCACAUUUUUAUUAUCAACAAUAUUAACUUUUAUGAAUAUCAUCAAAAAAAAAUUACCGAACAUUAUUUUUUCAUAACUUUUACCUCUAUGAUAUUUGACAUAUGUGUACUAGAUUUUACGAUUGUACAACAGUUCAAAACAUUUGUACACCGGAAUAAUAUAAAAUUAUUAUUUUUGGAAUUUUACGUUUUUAUUUUCUCACUUCAAAUCUUUUCGUGUAAUAAACUACAGGGUACUACAUACGUUUUCUUCCCAUCCUAUAUUUUUCGUUUAUGAGAUGGUACUUACGAUUUAUUAUGUUUCCAGAUAUUUCAUAGCAUUUAUUUUUCUAGUUUUUUAACGUAUUUUCUAUAUAAUGAUAUUGACACCAUAUUAUUUUUGACGUUGCGUCUAACAUUCAAUGUAGCGGUUCGGUUUAGAUAUAAAAUUUUAGUAUAUCAUGUUGUGAUUUAUAUAAAUAUUAUAUAUUUGGUCAAAAAAUGUUUGUUUUGAAAACAUAUUAUUUUUUUCGAGAAAUCAAAUUCAAUAAUACCAAAUAACGUUUUCUUUAUAAAUAAUAUUUAAUACUCAAAACAUAUAUGAUAAUCAGUUAAUUUAAAAUUAAAACUGUCGUAUACAUAUGCAAAAUACGUGCAAAAAUUUGUCAAUAUAAAAAUUAAAUUUGUAUUAACAAUUAAACAUUUUAUUACAUUGCUAUUAAUAACUAUUAAACAUGAUAAGUAUUUAAAAGAAAUCGAACUUAUCAAAAUUAACAAUGCUGCAGGGUUUUUAUCGAGGAAAUAGGACUUUUUUAUGGUUUCAAUUUUGUUGAAUUCAUUCAAUAAUUAGACAGUUUAAAAUGCAUUAAAAGAAAAAACAAAAAUGCUUCUCACGAUAUGUGGUUGGAAUGUUAAAAAGGUAUACAGGAAAUUUAAUGUAUAUCCAUACAUAACGUUAAAUCAUUGUUAACGAAAAAUGAUUCUGGGUGGAGUUUAUUUAUACAUGUUUUGAAAAGCUAUUGUAUUUACGAUUCGAAAAUAAUAAAUUUCGUAAGUUUUUCCGUUUUUCUCAUUUAUUAUAAAAACCCAUGGGAAAAUUAAAAAAUGACUUAGAGUGCCACCUCAUUCCAAUUUUAUUUCAGAAAAAGUGCUUCAUUUAAAAAUCUGAGCAAAAUUUCCGGUAUAAAAGUUGUUCAAUAACAUCAUUGUAGAAACCAAAUCAUUCUUUACUCCUGUUAGAAUCUAAACUGGUAUAAUUUAUAGCCACCGAUACGAUUAUGAUUUAUAACCGACAAAUUAUCGAGAUAUUUUCAACAAGUAUAGGUAACUCGCAAUAUAAUAGCUAGAUAACUUAUAUGUUAUAUUAAUCUGGAAACAGAAAUGUUUUAAAAUAAAUUACUCAUGACAACAAUAAUUAUCAGCUCGAAGUUUUACGCGAUUUAUUAUCACAACAGACUUAACGAAACGUGCGAAUACGCGUUUAGAUUUAGUUUUUGAAUUAUAGAGUAUGUUAUUUAUUUUUGCGAAACACAUUUUUAUCUCAAUCUGUUAUAUCUUAAAACGAUUUCGUUUAGUAUAUAAAUUCAAAACGAGUUUUAAUUCGAUUAUAAACUUUUUUGAUUUAUAUAUCGUUUACGUGUUAUACCGAGUAAUCCAUUUAUCACGGACCAGUGAUUUUUUUAGAGGAUUUUUAGAAAAGUUAAUUUCUACCUUUCUUUAUUUUUCAAUCAUUAGGGAACCGUUUAAGCUUUAUUUUAACAUAAAUUCUAUAAUUUUAAUAUCGUUUUAUAUUCUUAUACCUUAGUCAAGUAUAUAUUUUUGAUUUUCAAAUUGAAUCCUACUCCCUCAUUAAAAAUAGAUUCAGACAAAGAACAUCUUUCUUAUUUUGAUCUUCAUAACACUUAUAGAAAAUUUAACGUUAAUGAGUUAUAACUGUUAAAAACUUAGACCGGAGAAUUUGGUAUGAAUCAUAAACUUCUUAACCAAAUUUUAAAGGUAAAUUGAUAACUCUUUCUAACUCCUCUAAACUAAAUGGUAAACUGUUUACAACUAUCAUAAACUGUAAAUCAGAUAGUUUAAUACUUAUCAAAAUGCAUAGACAAGUAUUCUUUAAUCGGGUCAGUAUUUACAAUGCAAGGGAUUCUUAUUUAAAAAAACCGGGCAACUUCGCACGUGAAAGCAUCUACUGCUAUAGGUGAGAAAUUGGAAAAGUAGUAGGGAAGACAUUUUAUGUUUAUCUGUAAUCAACGAUAAACCAUUGUUAACGAAAAAAACGAUUUUGAGUGUAGUUCAGUUGAUAGUGUUUCUUUGUCAACAAUAUAUAUGUUAUAAUAUAUGAUAAAAUAAUUACAAAGACAUUAAAUAUUUUCUUUAAUAAUAUUUGUUUAAUAUUGUACCUAUUAUCCUAUUUUCCCUACGGUUUUCCCAUUUUUACCCAGUUUUCUCAUUUAUUAAGAAAACUUCCUGGGGAGUUAAAAAUUACGGUCUUAAAGUAACUCUCUAGUCAGAUUUCCUUUUAGAAAAAGUACUAUAUUUGUAAAUAGAAGCAAGUUUUAUGUUAGAAAUGUUGUCCACAGAAAAAAGAAAACAAACAUUUCUGUAAAACCAUAAGCUUCUUAGUUCCACUUAUAAUCUAAAACCAGAAUUGUACACUCAUUUAAGUGUAACUGAUUGAAAAUUUUGUAAAAAUAAAGUUUAACCGAUUUUUUACGAUUAUUUGAAGAUAAAAGAAUUCAUAUUCAUUUAAAAUUCUCCAGCAAAAUCACUGGUUUAUGAUAAAUGGAUGACACUAUAAUAUUGUUAAAUUAUUAAAAUUGUAAGGGCAGGUAAAAAAAAUUAAAAUAUUACUAAUAUAAUUUGUGUUUUAAAAUUUCUUUUUCUAGCGAUUCCCGGUUACGCCGUUCUCAGCAUCGUUCUCAGCCUGAUCGUAGUGAUCCUGUUUAUAGCUUCGUUGUUCAUUUACCGGUAAUAUACAAUAUUUUAUAUAUUUUAGACAUAAGAAGUAAUCUUAAUAAUAUCAUGUUUUAAGACGACUACAAAAUACCAUACCGUAAUUGUUUGUAAACAUUUCAAUUUAAAUACAUUAUACGUUACAACGCAAUACUAUGUUAUAUAAUUUGACUCUUCGAUCUUAAAAUGUUAGUUUUUAAGGGCUGGAGAAAUGCAGGUUGCGUACCGUAAUAGGAUCUUUAUAAAAAUUAGGUAUUUAUAGCGAAUCUGUCUGUUUGUCCGUCUGUCUGUCAGAGCCUUCUAAUCACGAUAAAAUAUCUUUGUAUCAAACUUUGUUCUCCCCUGUUAAUUGACAUUGUCAACUAUAGAGGAUAAAUACGACAUGAAAUGGGUUAAAAAACGAAAACUUGUAAUAUAAAUGAUGAAGGUAAUAACUAAAGUGAGAUUAUAUAGGUUUCUUCAAAAGUAUACCACGUAAAAAUUCAACCGAUAAUAGAUUCAUGAACUAUUAAAAAGUAACUCAUAUUCAGGUGUAUAUUCACAAGUUUUUCAUGUUUAUUUAAAUACACCCUGUAAGAUAUUUUUAAUAUUAUCGACAUUUAAUUUAUAUUGCCCAAGUAGAUUUGUUCACUAAAUAUAUAGUAUACAAAAAAUUUCAACUUUUUCUUACUUUGCCCUCGAAAAUUUGGAGUUAUUCACCAUGUUCAAACAUUGCGAUAUUUUUUCUGUUCCUGAACUCCUAUUUUCUCUGUAAUAUGUAAACUGUUUCGGCUGGCAGUAUUCUUUGCAGGUAACACCGAGUUGAGAUCGUGAUUAAAAUGUCUUACUGUAUAUAAUAGUUUUGAAAGUUUUCCCAUCGAUAAUAAAAACACAAAUGACGUAUAACAUCUUAUCAGCGAAGACUGUAUAGUAAUUAUAAACACAAAAUGUAUUAACAAACUGCCUCAAUUCUGCAGUUAUUGUGACGUGUCGUACAUCGUGUUAUUAUCUUAGAGUUUUAUAUAUAAUAAAACCUCGCAAUAAAAUAAGUCAAAUACUAGCACUCGGUCAUUUUUUUUUAGGUUAUCGAAAUUAAAAUAUUAUUAGAUUACUGUUUAUAAUACAAAAAUAUUAAUAUACGAAAACCUGGUAAUUUUCACAGUACUCUUUGGCAUUAUGAAUUUUCAAUUUUACAAGGGUGGAGAGAAAAAAUUUAAAAAAAUCAUAUAACCCCUAGUAGAAAUACGAGACCGGUUAAAAUAUCUUUACAGUUUUUUAUCAUUAUUAUUCCGUCGAACGUAUCUGACUCCGUUAUUAAUGGUCCAAUCAGCUAGGGUCAGGAAACUACACCCUUUUGCACAGGAGUUUCGGUAUUGUAUGCACUCCUGGAGUUUUAGUUGAUAUAUUUUUUAUCGUUACAAAAAUAGUUCUUCUCGAAGUAUAUUGUUAUAUACCUUACGUUACUCGAGUUUAUUUCUUGAAAUCAAAACAACAAAGUAGUUGCGUAUUUUCGUAAUCAUUUCGAUUAGAAAACAUUUUUGAAAAAUUUAAAGUGAAACGACAUGACACAUUCAGGGUAAAAAUUGUCAUCAUUUAACAUUAUAAAAAACAAAAGAUAGUUAAGUAGGUAAAAUAAAUUAUAAUACAAUUGCAAUAUUAUUACAAAUUUUUGUCUUUUCAUCGUUAAACGUAAUAUUAUUACUUUGACGUUACCAGAAGAAAAGUACAAUCGUUUAUACACGCCUUUGAUUUCGAAAACGUAAUUUUGUCAAGUGUAGGUAGGUAUAUUUGCUUAAAGGUACCCAAUAAGAAUUAAUUAAACUCUCGUCUUUCGAUGAAAACUAUCUCCGUAAGAUGUUUCUUCGACAACGGCGUGCUAUAAAAUAUAGUAACAAAAAAAAAAAAUAAUAAUAAAAAUCUCAUUUUACCGGAGUAUUUAAUUGAUCGAAAGAGGAUAGUUUCGUACGUAACGUAAACGGUUUUUUUUUCUACUCGUUAUACAGGGUUUCCCGGGCAUCGGAUCGCAAUGUCUGAUUUUCCACAUUGCCGUGACUAAAUAAAUAAACAGGCUUGUCAGCAAGUCCACGUAUUUUCCCAAUCGCUUCGCAUGUUCCCCGAUUGUUUGUGGAUUGUUUUUUAUUGUCUGCGAGUUUUAACCACGGAAUCCCGGAAUAUGAAUUUCACAACACGUUGAUAUUAUAAUCAAUUCCUUUUUUGUUUGUUUCUUUUCUACUUCAUUUGAAAAAUGCGUUUAAAAUUAUUUUUUUAUUUUUUCUACACUGUUCAAUUAAAUAAAAGUGCAACUACAACUUAAAAGUAGUUUUUCUAUCGCAUGAAUAGACGUACUAUACAUUAUUUACGGUUUUAGUUUUAGCGAUCUUUUUUAUAACGCGAAUAAUAUAGGUAAAAGAAUCGGAAAUAAGGAUAUACUGACAAAUUCCGACUUUAUUGAAUCCGAAAUUCGGACUUUGAAUAUAUUUUGGAUAUUUUUUUACUAACAUAUAUUUGAUCUUAAAACCAAAUAUGUUUUGAUAUUUAUUGAGUGUAUAUAUACGUGAUUUUCGAUUUACACAACGGCUUUGACGUCGUCAGUUUCGGGAAAUCGAAAAAAUGUAAUAUUACGAAAUAUAUAAAUAUAAAUUGAAGUUUUUUUUUCGAGAAGACCUAAUCUCCUACAAGAAAUUCCAAUUAUUAUUCCUAAAGGAUUGACGUUCUUUUGGAUAAUAAAUAAUUUAUAUUUUCAUUCGCGUUUUACAUCAUGUAUAUGCAGGACGAAAAUACACGAUUCGGCGAUUUAAAUUACAUAGAAAAUUGUCAAAUCUCGCAUGUUUACUCUGUAUAUUAUACUAGUUUUGAAUCGGACGAUGUUCCCAUUAAUGUACACAAAAUGUCAAUACGAUUCGAAAAAAAUACCUAUUCGUGUUUGUUAUUCCUAUUAAAUACAUAAUAAUAUAUACCUAAUCAUUAUUAUUUUUUUUUCUGUUCAUUAAAAAAUUGUAUUCAGAGUCAUUAAAAACAUUUAACGUUUUAAUGAAAAAAAAUUGAAAAAUAUAUACAUAUAUGGAAUGGUUUGUUCACCUACAGUGGUUUUGUUGUUGAUUUUUUUUAUCAUAAUUAUUUUGUGUCUAAUUAUUUUUCUAAAAACAAAAUAUUAAAAAUCCUAUUUUAAAUAAUCAUACAUACAUAAUAUUAUAGUUUUAUGUCUAUACAAAAAAAAAAAAAAAAAAAAAAAAAAAAAACAGGUAUAACCCUUUGUAAUAUCGAAGGCAAUAUAACGUAUAUUUUUUACGGUUUUAUUAUACGAACAUUCUGAAUCGGACUGCCACGCACAUAGCCACGGUUUAUAUAUAAAAAAAAUAAUCAUUGUACAUAUUUAUUAACGAAAGGGUUGCGAACUGACAUUGUUUUAGAUUUGUUUUAUUAUCCGAAGUAUAAAAUAUAAUAUUCAAUUCGGAAUGGCGGCCGUACUAUUUAUGAAGAAAAUAAACCUACCCUCUCGGUUCACAUUGUAACUGGCAGAUAAGACAACAUCACGUUUUUACAUUAUUAUUGUAAAAUAAUUGAAUAAUAUUUGUUUCUCAUUGUUUGUAAAAAAAAAAAAAAAAAAAAAAAAAAAUCGUUCUUUCACAAUGAAAAAUCAAAUUACAAUAAUAUGAAAAAGAUUCGAAAACAACAAUAAUAAUAAUUUUGAUUUAAAAUAAGAUGACGUUCGUUACACUCAAAUAGAUUUUCGGAACACUAAUUAAAAGGGUAUUUUAUGGUUUUGGGGAACUUUGUCGCACGUUCAUCAAAAUAAAAGUUCAAUUUUGAUUUGAAUUUAUUCGAAAUAUUCGGAUUUUUCUUUUUUUUAAUAAACUUACGUAUACACGUAUUUGCACAAAACGGAAAAACAAUAGGUAAAAGCAUGCAUGCCUUUCAGUAUAGACAAAGGACAAAUAUUUCAUCUGAAAGAACCUCAAAUGGAUUGACAACUCGGGAGAAUGUAGUAAUACCCAUUUUAAACGGAACGGGAAAUAGAAAUGAAUUUAAAAUAACAGCGGUAUAACGUAUACGCGAUUUCGAUUUACAAUAAUUUUAUUUCUGUGAAGAAAUGGAAAAUUUAAGUCAUCAAAUAUAUCAGACGAGAGGUUAAAAAAGAAAAAAAAGUUGUUAUUAAAAAAAAUUCAACAUUUAUCCUGGAUAUUAAUUAUUUACGAUCUACGUGAAACAAUAAAACCACACUAAACUAAUGAAAAUGUAAUUUUAAACUAAUGCGAACACUAAACAAAUACCUUAAUUUUGUGAAUUAUAAAAAUAUAUAACAGAAUUUAAAAAAAAAAUAAAACGAUUUACACCAGACGUAUUUAUUUAUUUCUUUUAGAAAAAUAUCGUUUUUAAAAAUGUUUUAAAAAAAGUUUUUUAGAAUUAUUUCAAUGUCAAACGACCGGCCUUAAUAAAUAGUCGAUUAGCUCUCUUUUUAUAUUCUGAGUAGACCGAUAUUUAUUUAUUUUUUUUUUUCUUUGAACAACUUUUUUGCCAGAAAUGUUGCUACAAUUUUUUAGUGUAGCACCUUUUCCCAAGAAUAUUCAUAGUAAAUUAGGAAAACGGGAAAAUUUACGAAGUGUUUUAUUUUCAAAUCGUAAAUAUUACUGCCUUUCAAAUCAUGUAUAAUCAUAAUAAUAGGCACAUUAAGUUUGCCUCUAUAUUCUACAUUCCCAACUUAUCAUUUACGACGGUAGCCCACCCAUCGUGCGAAAUAUUUCCGUGUCUUUUUUUAAUUUAUUCACCCAUAAGAAAUUUAUCUUCAGUGAUUGAAGGUAAAUUUCUUAUUGACUUCAUAUUGAGUUUUUAUUAUUUGUAAGUAAUUGUGUGUUUAUUUUUUUUUAAUCAAUGUGCUAUUUUUGUCUUUUGUAUUCAUCGUCUAAUUCCUACUAAACAUAUCCCAUCACAAUAGCAUUAAUAUAUAAUCAGUGUAUCAAUAGUUAUCCAUCAUACUAUUUUAUUAUUUUCUGACAUAAUAAUGAUUAUGCAAUAGUUUUAAAUUUAAAUUUUAAGUUAUUAGUGAACUUUUACUGUGGGUACAUUACCGGUGAACAGGUUUAUAUGCACUUAAAAACAACAAAAAAACGCUUAAAAUCAUUAAUAAAAUCCUGAAAGAAUCAUUUAAAUAUAUUAAAAAGCAAAAGUAGUAGAAUUUUUCAAAAUAACUCUUCUUCCAGUUCUAACCAUAUAAAAUACAAUUGAUUAUCAUUUAAAAUGAUUGGUAUAAAUCAUUUUUUUUUUUUAGUACACCUACUAUUUUAUUUGAAUAAAUUACUUUGUGUUUAUUAUUUUUAUAAUGUUAUAAAAUUAUUUUUAAUGAGUUAAAUCCAUUUAAAGGGAGACUUUUCAACGGCUCUACUGGUUUCGUUUUUAUAAAUAUUUUUCAAACGAUUUUUUUUAAAGCAUUUUUGAUGAUUUUAACCACAUUUUUGUGGAUUAUAGUCAUUUGAUUACAGUUACGAUUUCUAAUCAUUACCAUAUUAACACAUAUUAUCACGUUCUCUAUCAUUUCAAUUUUUUUUUUCACGCAUACAUUUUGUACACGCACAGAUAUUAUUUUACCAGCUGUUUAACGCGAAAAUCAUUACAAAUAUUUCUUUGGUAUGUACUUGAUUUUAUUUUGCAAGGUCUAGCAGAUUUAGCAGAUUUCUGUCUUCUGUUCAGAAAUAAUAUAAUAAUAUUGUCGGUACAUAUCGUAUUAUACUAAUAAAACUCUUGACGAUGCGACCGCAAAGUACAUAACAACAAAGUUUAAAUUAUUUUUUACAAAUAUUAUUCUUACCUAUAUUAUAUACCUACUUCGGUUAUUUCUUCCUUUUUCAAAUUUACAUUAUUGUGUAUUAUAUUAUUUUAUGCAAUGCUAUAUACUUAUACAUUACAACUACCGUCUAUUUCGAUAAAGAUCGUUUCUUUGCUCCUGUUCACCGAGAUAUUUUACUUGUAUUAUAACUCUGGACAAGGAUUUCAGUAGGAUACCUUGGACGUAUUAUCGUUUCAGGACAUAUAGUUAUAAGAGGGACCCUUAUUAGUGUUUUUUAUGUAGGAUUUAGUUAAUAUUUUAUAAAAAAAAAAAAAUUAUAAUAAAGCCUUAUUCACCGUUAUUUCCGUAGUAGAUUUUGUUCCACCUCCCGCUAUAGUCUGCGUUACUGGACCUUACCUGGGUUUCAUUAUUUUACGCCUUUCUGCAUAAUUUAGUCUCUUAUUUUUAAAUUGCGUCGUUGUCUUAGUAGAAAAGUUAAUUUUCAUUAUUUUACAUCGCCGCGAUUCGUAUUUCUUUAAACUACUGUGACGUAUAUUCGUAAUUAUAAUAUUAUUAAGGGCUGUGUCAUCUUUAAAGUUUCGUUUUUUAUUAUUGUUUUUUUUCAUUUUUAACACGUGUAAUUAUUAUUCGAGUUUAAAAAAAAAAAAUAAAUAAAUAAAAACAGAAUGAAACAUUUACGAUUAAAAAAACACUGUCAAUUACUUAAUACCUACUUCUUAUAUGAUGUGUACAUGAUCGGAUCUUUACGCGGGUAAGUAUACUUUUUUGUUUUUUUUUAUAUUUUUGGUUUGAUUCCGAGCAUAGCGAUGAAUGUAUUGUUUUAACUAUGGUGCAUGUGUUUGUGUUUUAUUUUUUUUUUCUAUCCAUGAACGACUUUUCAACCAACAAUAUCGGUCUGAUCGUCUUAUUGUAUUUUCUUGGAAAAACGUUUUCACGCACAUUCUAGAUGUGAUGGAAUUUUUAAACCACUCUUGCAAAUUUUGUGACACUCAAAAUUUUCGAGAUUGACAGUAUUUAUUGAUUUAAUGUGGAAAAAAUUGUUUUGGGCCAGCAAAAAUGCUCGAAAGUAUAACAUAAGUUUCCUCGUUAUUUAUACAAAAUUAUAUAAAAAAUCGCUAAUUAAUAAGUUUCGUUUAAAAAUAUUUAAAAUACAAUUCUUUAUAAAAAUAUUAUGAGAUUUAUUUGUUUAUUAUGGUAUUUAAUACUCAUAUAGAAAAGGUUUUGUUCACAUUUUUUUCAGUAUUUAAACUAUAGAUAUUUAUAGUCUAUAAUAUUAUAUUUUAUAUCCUUCUAUCUUUUAAAAACUUCUGACAUACAACAGUGUCUUAUACUUACCCCUCAAACUUGUGCUAAUACAAAUAUUAUACUUUACCAUCCUUUUUCUCGUAAACAUACAAAAAAUGAGUAAUAAUAUUCAAUCGAUUCACCUUAUGAAAAAAAAAAUUAUCGUCAAUUUUCAUAAAAAUUAUAUACUUUGUUUUUUUUUGUUUUUUCAUACAUUGAUAUUAUAAUAGUUUAAAUAAUAAAAACCAUAUAUAUUUUACACCAACCCUAUGCAUUUAAAAAAAAUGUAUACGUAUUUACUUUCAAUAAUAUAAUACGACGGAUUUUUUGGAUAUAGAAAUACCUGUAUUAUUUAUUUAUCUUUCAUUUAUAUAACGCUGCUUGAUGAGAAACAUCGUUUGUAUCAAAUUUUGGUUAAAUUGAGUCGAUACACGUAUGAUUGGCAGCUAUAGAACUCCCUAGAGUCGAGUUUUCCCCUAGCUAACUAAUAUUGUUGCCAGUACAAUAUUCCGUGGUUUUUUUUUUAUCAAUAACUAAGAUACUUUUAUUAAAAUUGGUGAAAAAGUAGUUCUCAGGUUUUUUGUUAACAUAAAAAGCAGACAGUAGGUUCGGGGAUUGAAAAUCCAAACCUUCUAAAUGAAUAUUUUCUAAAACAGUUCUACAUACAUGUUUUAACCGUGUAAUUUAUAUUUAUAAACCAGUAUAAGGGUAUUCAAAACCCGCUUUUUCAUGUGAAAACAUAAAAUCCGAUUAUAAAAUUGAUUAGAGAAGAGUUUGAAAUUACCAAAAAGAGAUCUUGAUACUCACACUUUGCAUAUCAUAACCCACCCCCUUGACCUCUUGGAGGGCAUCUAUACUAAACUAAAAACUCUCAUUUCCCUCAAAAACAUGAUGAAGUUCGUGUCGAAAUUCUACCAAAAUUGUAUCACUUCGAUCGGUCUAUGAAAAAAAGUCGGCGUUUGAGCUCUUUUAGUCUAGAAGAAACAACUCAAUGUAACCAAAUGUAUCAGAAUGGUAUGUAUACACAUAAUAUAUAACAAACACAAUAUACUGCGUAUAGUCUUUAUUUUCGGCGAAAAUUCGAAAAAAAAACCCGUAUUUACACAUUGUAGGAACUCCCCCCCCCCUUCCAUAGCGUAUAUGUGCAUAGACGUCUAUUUAUUUAUCUGAAAUCCUAUGUAAUAUUAAUAAGAAGUAAAUGAGAUUUAUCGUGUCGUCCCUUUUUUCAACUAAAUAAGUUGAGAAAAAUGUAAUCAGUGGUGUUGCUAUAGAAUGACGACAUCAUUAUAAGUAUUAUGUACAAAAUAAAAUAUAUUAUAUAUUUUAUUUUAAGAAUAUUUAGGACAACACAAAUUAUUUUAAUAACGUAUUUUUUUUCCAUUCAUUUUUUUUUUUUUUUUAAAUUUUGGUUACACAUUAUAAUAAUAUUAUGUAUUAUUUUGAAAUUAUUAUUGUUAUUUUUUUUUUUUAACAGGUCCUCUUUCGGUGAUUUCGUUGUGCUUGUUGAACAAAAUCAAUGUGAUAAGACCAUGAAGUUAAUUAUAAAAUAGGUUUUAUAACAACCUACCUAAACGAUUAUGAUCUUUAUAGACUAUAAUAGAAUAGACAAAAUUUGUUUAAAAUUGUUCGCAAGCAUAAAAAAAAAAUUGUCUUCAGCACAAUAUUUUUUUACAUUAAUAUAAUAUUGUUUAAUAUUUUUUUAUUAUUAUUAUUUAGUCAAACUUUACAUUAUUAUUUAUUUUUUUUCUUAAAAACACGUAUUUAAAUUUAUUUGUAUGUAAUUUUUUUUUUUUAGAUUCUGAGUAACAAAGAAGCUAUUAUAAUAGUUUUACAACAUUAUCUUUUUUUCUUUUUUAUCGGAAAAUAAUUUUACGGUUAGUAAAAAUGCUUUGAUAUUUUUUAUACCUCAAAAGAUGCAAAUUUUUCUUCAUACGGUAAUUUAUGCGAACAAUAUUUUGUAAUUCCCGCCAUUUUUUUUUGUUUUUUAACAAUUUAUUACAAUUUUCAACAUAUCGCUUCCUAGGUUAGGUUUUUUUUUGUUUUGAUAUUUAUUUUUUUUUUUUUUUGUAAUUUCCGAAUAACCAUAGCCAUGAAGGAAAAUAAAACGUUUAUUAUUACUGUGAUCAUAAUCAUUUUCAGUUUGUAAUCAUAAAUCGUUGCAUUUAGUUUACAUAAAUUAAUUUACCAACAAUAUACCCACAAAGUGACCUAUUCAAAGUUUGAAUCAGUGAUCGCACCAAGGGCCUCGGGCCUGGGUGUUCCAUAUCUCUCCUAAAUCAAGUUAUUUAUAUUUUAUAACGUGCAUUGUUCACAGAAACAUUUUAAACAACGGUGUGUUAAAAAUACAUUUUCUGAAAAUUCUAAAAUAUGGCAGUUAAAAAAUGUAAGGCCUAUUUUGGACUACUUGAGGAAACUAUAGAUAAUCAUUUGAUCAUAGGUAACAUGAUUAUGCAUUAUAUUUUAACUAAUAAUAAUUUUGAAAAAUAUAUUGAAGUAAGUACCACCGAAUGAAAAAUGUCUUAUAUUUUGGUAUAACUCGUGAAAAUAUAGUAGCAUUUUUACUAACAAAAAAAGUGUUUGAUGAGAAAAUAAAGCACAAAACCUAAAAUUAAACAUUAAUCACUCUAAAGCAAGACUGUGAUAAAGUUUUGCUUUUUAAAACAAAAUACUUUUUUGAAACUAUUCGGAAUACAGUUUUGAAUACUUCUUAAAAAAAUAUAUUUUUUAAAAUAUUCAGAACAUUUUAUUCGGAAUACUGCCCAUGUCUGGAUGUGAGUGUGUAUAGCGACUAGUAAUGGGGAGAUAGGGAGCAGUGGCUAUUAUCAUAAUAUUGCAGUCGUUGCUUUUUAUAGUAAUAUUUUAUUAAAUAUACUCGCAUAUAGUUUCGUUUCAUUCAUAUAUUAUUCAUCAAGUACUGUUCUGAAGGACUAUAAGGUUAUAUCUUUAUACAUUGUUUCUAAAUGAACUAUGAACUAAUUUUUUUAACGUGGCUUUAAAAAAAAAAUUAUCUCCUGAAUUAUUUGAUGAUUUAGGUUUGAGAUUAGCCAACAGGUACCGAAAUAUUUUAGUUUAACUUUAAGAAAUAAUAUUUCAGAUUAAAUAAAAUAAUUGAGCGGAGUUAUCACACCGGGGUCGCUCCUUCUCUUUUACAUUAUUAGCGAACUAAUAUACUCAACCUAAUAUAAUUUGGCACUCCCAGGCUCGCAACCACGUGAAGCUAGGGAAAGGGACUAGGAAGGAUUAUCCUGGAUCUAAUCGUUGCUCCCCCAACAAGUUUUAAAUUUAAAUUGCGAAAAUUAAAUUUAAAAACUUUCAAAAUUUAGUUAUAUUCAGUUAUAAUGAGAUUGUUAUUAAUGGAUUUCAGAUAGAAAUUUCCAGCAGUAUAAAUAAAUUAAAAAUAGUAUUAAUAUUAUUUUUGUCUGAUGUACCCUUUACAAUUUUAACUUCCCCGAAUGAUGACUUAGUCUGACAACGAGCCUAGGCACUCCCUGUAAAAAAUUAUAACGUCACCAUUGGACUGCAAAGUAGGUUUACUGACUUUCUUUUUUAUAAUCCUUUAAAAUUAAAUACAUUUUAUAAAGAAAAAAAUAUUUUAUAAAAUAGUGUAUGCGAUAAAUUGAAAUAUUCUAAUCACGUUCUUACAUUAAAAAGAUUUAAUUAAAAAGAUACUCUGUUUUAAAAUGUUACAUAAUUGAAAAAACAAGUAAUAAAAUAUAAAAAAUACAAAUUAAGUUUAACUAUCGAAAAAAAUACCAACACAUCGGUUGUAACGCAGGUUUGUAUAUUUAAAGUGAACUAAAAAAAAAAAUCCAAAAAUUUAAAGGGAAAGCUUUAUAUAUUAUUCAUUUAUUCAUUACAAUAAAACCUUAUAUUAUAGAAUAAUUAUUUUCAACUUUAUCUCAAAAUAUUUUGAUUUAAAGGUUUUAAAAUGUUUUUUUUCUAUUGAGUUUAGUUGUAAACGCCUAUCUUAAAUGUACAUUUAUUGCAAUUUUUUUUUUUGAAAAUCGUUUUUUUUUCUGUUAAAAAAUAUAGAUAAGCCACUGUAAUAUUUUACGGCCGUUUAUACACUGCUGGACUACUAAAUCUGGAUUAAUAGUAAAUCAGGAUUUACGUUUAAUAUUUGUCUAAACUGUCUGCGUCUACUUUGUGUAGUCGUACGAGUUAAUCUCGGUUUACACCGGUAACGGUAUUUUUAAGGAUUAAAAACGCAGACUGAAGGGUGUGUUUAAACUUCUUCCUUUUUGUGGGGAGGGAUUUACACGGUUCUUCGUAUUUUUAACUUUUAUAGUCAUAUUUAGAAAAUGGCGUAAAAAUUAAUGCUGUUUGGUAUUCAUCAGAGUUUUUGUGUUUUACGCUGACAAAAUACAAAUGGGAUUAAAUUAAUCAAACCGGAUUAACGCAUAUCAGAUUGACUUCCGAAUCUGAUCGCAUUAAUAUAGUACUGAUAAUAUUAUUUCGUCUCUAUCCUUAUAAAUCCGGAUAAAUAAAAAGGGUAUGAAAUGAGUUAUAAUUACCGUUAAAUACAUUAACACAAUCGAAUAAACAUACACGUGUUCAGUUCUUAAAAUUAAUAGUAUAUGAUCCUUUUUAAAUAUUUAAUAUUGAAACUCACAAGAGAAUUUAAUUUCUAGUCUUUAUUUUUCAACCAUAAUUGUAUAAUAUACAAAUGAUAUAUUACAUCAUUAUACAGAAUUCUAAGUUUUAUUCUAACACAAUUUUUAAAUUUUUACACCCAUUAUAAUUCAGAUGAGUAUGCAACCCCCUCAAUAUAAUACAAGAAACAUAAAUUCAAAAAGACAAUAAUUCCCUAAAAGAUUUUUAAUAUAUGAACAUAACAUUACUAAAAAUGUGUCAUCUAAAGAGGGAUAUAAAGUUUAAGGCCUUUAUCUACGCCUUCAGUUUUAAUUUUAAACUGUAAACGAUAAAUUUGAAAUAAAAAACCAAAAACCCACAUACUCUGAAAAUCACUGAAAAAUGAAUCGUAUCAUUAUAUUAUCUGUAUAAAAAGUGAAAAAUUUCGAAAGAGAUGGUUUUAUUUAAGCAAUGCCUCCCUUUUUCCCAAACUAUUUUUGAAAUACUAUCUCGGUAAGUAUAUUUUCGUGCACGGACGUUUAGCUUUAACGAAAGUUCAAAAUUUGAUCUUCUACGGACCAUAGAAAUAGCUAUAAAAAAAUCAGUCAUGACCAAAACAACAAAAAAUUUAAUAUAAAAUGUAUAUUUCAUACGUCGUGCAGUGUAUUUCUAAGAUACAUAACAGUAUCGUCAUGAUAAAUUCUUGUGAACGCGUAAAUCAACCGUACGUAAGUCAUUCACGUCUAAAUGAUUUAUUUAGAAAGUUUCCCAAAAAAUGAAGUUAAAAGUUUUAUAACAGUUCUAUGUACAGGGUGUUUUGUAAAAGAAUGCCGUCACUUGCAUAACAUAAGCGACCGGAAGAACAAAAUACGAAAUAGUUUAUAUUUUUUGUUCUAUGUUUAAAAUAUUUUUUUACAUUUUCUGUUAGAAUGUCUAAAGAUUAAAAAAAAUAUAUAUUACAUUGUAUUUUCCCUGUAGGAACCUCAAUUUCUUAUAUGAAUAGAUAUGUUGUGUUGCCACGUCAUUUUUGCACAUUUACGCUCGACUUUAACGCUUAUACGUUUAUGCUUAUUGUCACCAGUAUAAUAUAAAGUGUCAUCAAGUAGAGAUCAAGUUUUAAAAUGAUUGUCCAGCAAAUAUUAAAAUUGAAUUUAUUUAUCGACAUUUAACAUAGGUAUUUGGUUAGUCGACAAAGUUGAAUUAAUUUGUUAACAAAGUUUAUCUGUUUUGGUUAAUUUUACUUUUCCAAUGGCUCUUCAUGAUAGAAGUCGAUAAAUAUAAUGUGAAUUUUACUCAUUUAUAGUGUAUCAUUUUAUAAUAUUUCCUGCAAAAUGAUAUUAAAAGAGAUGUGUUCAAUCACUUAUUUUCAUUCUAACAUUAAGCGUUUAAUCAUCAAUACUGAGCGAAAAUGUUGACAAAAUCAACGUGACGUAAAGAUUCGUAUGGCAAUAGUAAAGAAACAUGAAUAUAUUUUAUUUUUAAACUUAUGCCAAUAUUCUAAAAGUAAAAUGUAAAAUUUUCAGAUAAUUUUCCAAUUUUUCGAAGUAAAAAAAAAAAAAUUAAAAAUUUAGACACACUAAUAUUGAACCACCAAUGUUUACUUUACGCUCACUUUGACGAUAUUCUAUAAUAUUUCAUCGAAAGAUUUUUCGGUUGAUGUAUUACAGUGAACUUACUCUCUCAUUGAUAUGUAUAUCAAUAAAACGCGAAUUAUUUGAAUUUUUUACAUUAUUAUAUUAUUUCUCGAGAGUUUUUCAAAAAAAAAAAAAAAAAACGAAUUAAUGUAUACAAAUUACUAACGGGUUGAGUUUCGUAACCGAAUCAUAAACUUUCGCGGCGAAAAGUAGCGCAGAAGACUUUUAAGCGCAGUUACGGAAAGUUUUAUACGCAGCACCAUAUUCUCGACACUUUGACUCUAGUAAUGACUUUGUAAAAUUUACAUGAACGAUACAUUAUACAAAAUAGUACCGACACGGACACGAAAUAAAUCUCUAAAACCGUUUUUCUUUUUUAGAGCGAUGCUUAAAAUUCAACUUUUAUUUUGUGUUUAGCAUUUUAAACGUAUAAGCGAUGUGUUUAAAAUUCAUUUUUAAAAAUAUUGUUUAGGCGCCUUGUCAAAUUGUUCUACAUUUUACUGAAAAAUCACAUAUAAAAAACAUUCAAGAACAAGUCAAUAAUAAUUUUUAAGGAUGCUAACAGCAACUGAUACAAUUAUAUUAUAUAAAUGAUUUCCAUUUUAUCUAAAUACUAUGAUGUUUUUGUAAUACAUCAGCCGACAUAAUAAAUCGUUAUUGAGAUUGAAAAACCUGUUUAAUUUUCGGCAACCGGUUUAAAUAUCCUCAAACGUUUUUCCGCUAAAUAUUAAAUCUUUAAUAACUGGUAUAUGUUUUUUUCGUAACCUAAUUUAUUUUUUUUUAGAUAUUAAUAAGCCAAAUGCAUAGUAGAAUCAAUUGAGCGCAGAUAAAUACGAUAAGUAAAAACUAAACUUGAGUUUCGUUAUAUCGGAGAUAGGCAAUAUAUUUAAUAUUCGAAGAAGGGCCGUGUUAAGAAGAGCGAUGUGGGUAUAUUCUCUGAUAUAUCUCUGAUAAGUUUUUUAAAACUACAGAGCACCCGGCUUAAAAGUAAAACGCGGAAUAUUACUGAAGUUAUACUGAAUGCACGGGUAUUAGAAUUAAAUUGAAAUUUAAAUAUUAUAAUGGUUGCAAGGUGAUGAAUGGUUUUAACACACUAGUGUACUGCAUGGUUUAUUAACGAUAAGGUAAUCGACGUAGUACAUAAAUAUUAUAAUUAUAAACACCGAACAUGAGUUAUAUUAUUAUGAGCGAAGGCAGCCCGUGUGCCGUUUCUUAUAAACGAAUCGAAAUAUUCGCGCUGUGAUUAUAAGUAUUGUAGAACCGUUUAUUCGAUACCUACAAUGUUUGAACGUUUAUAAACGCAUGUGGUAUCAUUGGAUCUAACAAAACGCCCUAAUCUUUCCUAUUACAAGUCUGAAUAUAAUAUAUUAUAAAUGGUACUGGCCUUGACUUGCUUGAAGCUCCAGGCUCAGAUAUAAAGAGUGAUAAAAUCGAGAUGUGGUGAUUGAUAUGUAUCAAUAAAUCAUUUGCUGUGAUCAAAUACGACGUAGAAACCUCUAACUAAUAGCAUAAGGCAAUACACAUAAGAAGUUGUCGCUUAGGGAUAAGACUGUAACAAACUCUACUCCUUGAUCACCUAGAGAAGACUGGCACAUGUAAACAAGUGUCUCUUGCUAGCUCGAUAAUCAAAUGGUGAUUUAGAAUCUGAUGCAAACUACUGGUGUACACACUACAGUUAGUUUCAGAAAGUAAACACGGAUUAAUGUAUAUCAUAAAUAAAGUGUUGCGAUGGAAGAGUUUUAUAAAUAAUACUUUUCAAAUUGUAUAAAAAUUAAAAUACAGAUACAAAUGCAUUCAUUAAUAAAGUAUUUUAAAGGUGUUUGAAUUAAUUUUAAGAAAAAAUAUUUAAUACAUAUAAAUACUCGGCAUGUAUUAAAAUACUUCUCAAAUACUAUUUUAAUUUGACUUAAUAAUUAAUUCAAAUGGAGUUGCAAAAUUAGUUUUGAAAUUUCUAACAUAAAAUUCAAUAUUCAACUAUUGAAGUACCUGUUAUUAGAACUUUGUAACACUUACUUUAUUUUACAGUGAAUAAUAAUAAUCAAUAAAUAAGAAGAAUAUUAAUUCAAAAAUAAUUUAAUACUUUGAAUGAUAUAAAUAAUUUUUAAUGAAAUAUGAAUUAUAAAUUGAUCAUUCCAUAAUCAUUUCGAACUUUUUUUAUUGCAUUUAAACAGCAUGGUUUUUUUUAAGUGUAUUGUAUAAAAAUGUUUGUUGUAAGCCUCACAUAGUAAUUUAAUUUCGGUUUCAUUCGUUAAUAUGCUAAUCGGUCACUUCAAAUCAUAAAAUACAAAUUAUAGUGUAUCAUUAUAUUAGUUUCAAUUUAAAAUAAGAAGACGGCAUUUUAAAACUAUAAUUAAAAACAGUCUUGAUAUGGAAGUAUUUGAAAUUCAAACAAAAAUACAUCCAAGACAGUAUUUAAAAAGUAUUUUAAAUACUAAAUUCAAAAAAUAUUUAAAUAUAUUUACAUAAAUUAUUUUAAUCAAACACUUUACAAGCCUACAAUGCAACUAUCAGUUUUAGGUAUAUUGUGGAUAGGAAACUCCGUAUGCAGUCCGCCUUAACUACUGUAUAGGUGUAGAGAAAGAUGAUAAGUACAGUAUCCCGCAUUCGAUUCUGAAACCACCGUUCUGUAUAAAUAAAUAGACAAGGAAGAGGAAGAUAGGAAAGAUUGAGCAAAAAAAGACACUUUGGGCGAACGCAAAAAAAAAUUCCUUGCUUUUACGAAUACGCGCCUGGCUUUUUUAUAAGCUUUUGGUAUGUCCUACAUCGAUGCUUCCCUCCCUUCUGACACGGUUGAUCGAGUGUAAUGCCUCAGGUGGUGAACAACCUGGGUAUUUAAUCAUGUAUUUUAAUUUGUCUGGAGUAAAGGAAUUUCUUAUGUACCGUGUCUAGACAACUGUUAAUCGCUUUGUUUUGCACUACUUUGUUUUAUUACAAAAUCAAAUAUUAAAUAAAUUUCACAUAUUUAUUAUUAAAGUUAUCACGUCUGUUAAAUCAAUUUCAUUCAAUAAUACAUAUGAUAAAAUUGUAAGAAAAAACAACAAAGUUAGUGCGAACCAACCUCCCAAAUCGUUCCACAAGUAAUGUCUUAAGAUGGGACACUUAAAAAUUGUUUUUCCUGAUCGCCAAAUGGAGUAAUAAUGAAGCACUGAUUUGAAGUGAUUUUCACGUCAGUCCAUUUGCUAACACAUUUCUACCACAACCGCGGAAAAUCUUUUUCCGAAGAUAUUUUGCCGAUAACCUGUUAUUAUUCACUUAUCCUUGAAAAUAUCGGGUACUUCUUUACCAGUUGUAACGCAAAUGCAUACAUUCAUAAGAUGUGAGAAAUUUUUCCAAUCCGAUCAACCGGAUGCGUCUGGCGUAAUAAAUCGAUGCGAUAUUUUCGUUUGAGUUCCGACAUAAGCGACUGGACGCAACGGACGAAGAAACAUUUGUUAAUUGUCAAAUGUCAUAUUAUAUGAUUUCCUAUUCUUCCGUACCAAAACGUAUGAGCGACGUACUAACCACGUCAAAUUUAUUUAUCUUUUGAACAUUUUUACUAAAAUGUAUGAGUUUUUUUUUUUUUUUGCACAAUAGUAUUCGCCAUUGUAAUUGAUUAUAAUUUUAUAUUUCGUAAAUUUAUAUGAGACUUAUUUAUAUAAUAUUUGAAUUGCGCCGUGAUCCAUUUAAAAUAUUCGUCGUCAAUAUUUUACAAAACUUAUAGCGUAAUGUACGUCCAGGGUAAAAGUUGAAAUAUAUUUUACAUUUUAAUACAGUGGUCACCACUUAUAGUGUUCACUGGUUAUACGAAUCAACCGCUUAUAGUGAUCAGAAAUACCAGGAACGAAACAAACAGUUGUUAUCAGUAUAUAUUUCGUCGCUUACUGUGUUCAGAUUUUCGGUUAUAGUGAUUAGAAGUAGUCAUAUCAGAAAUAGAAAUUAUACAAUAAUACACAAAAAAAAGACAAAUAUAACGAUUAUUAAUUAAUGAACCUAAUUUAAUUUAAUGUUAAUGUAACCCACCUAAAGUCCCCCAUAAACUGUCAGUCUUAACUGUCAAUUACUUUGAUUGUCAUUCAAGAAUGACUCUAUAUGUGUACGACUGAUAAUGAUUGACAGACUGACAAACAAAUUGUAUAACUGAUGGAAUUCAAACCAGUGGCGCAACUUGUGGGUAAAUUGGCAAAGUGAAAUUUCGGGAACCUGAUAAAUCUAUAAAAAAAAAAAACAGACGAACAUCAUGAACUUUUUUGAAAGAACCUAUAAAAACUUAUGUAUGUAUGUAUGUAUAUAUGUAAAAUAAUUUAUUUUUCCCAUAUUUUUUACCAUAUUUUUUCCCAUAUUUCUUUAUAAAAGAAAUUAAUUAAUUACACGAAAAUUACCCGACAAGAUAUUAAACAGUAUACUAUUAAACGAGUUGAACUUUUUUUUUUUUUUUUUGUAUCACAAAUUUGUAUACAAAACAGACUAAUAUACACGAUAGUUAAUACGAUAUAAAACUGUAUAAAUGAUGUUAACUGAAAUCUAUUUUACUCGUAGAAUCUUUGUCGAUAAUUACUGGACCGCGAAAUAAAAUAAAACAGUAAUCUAUGUAUUUACACCGGGUCCAAGAUGGUUUAUCGUAAACUUUAUUGGCGAGUUCAUUGAUAACAAUAUGAUCAUCUUAAGAUCAAUAAAUUAAAUAUUAUCCUUACGUUCCUUAAUUCAUCAGUGACGGCAUCAGCGGUGGCAUCACUGAUAACAACCAUGUCUAAUCCACCACAUCGCAUCGACCGACUUGUAAACAAAGUGAGUGAUAAUGCCUUUUUAUAUGCUACCGUUGCCAUCACGGCUGAAUUAAGGAAACAUAAUAAAGUAUAAAAUAAUGCAAUAUAGAGAUAACAUUUUUCCUGUGUCCUGUGUCCCUUCUUUUGUUAUAUGUGAAUUUUCGACCCGAUUACAAAAUAAUAAUAAUUUAUAAUAUUGUAAACACAUACUGGUUAUUCCAUCAAGAUAUGAUCGUUGCGAUACCUCAGAAAGUAUUAACUACUUUCAGAAUUUUUUUUUCGACAAACCGACUGCCUCCCUAUUAUUUUCAAAUGACAAUCUAUAUUUAAAGUUCUGUACAUGUACGGAGUAUUAGUUUAAAUACGUUUUUAAAACAAAAAGUAGGUGUCGUUUUGUCCACGAAAAUAAUAGUGACAAAAAAUAAUUAUUGUAUAGCACUAAUUUUUUAAAUUAUAGAAACAAAAAAAAUUACGAAAAAAAUUAAUAGGUACUUUCCAACAUAUCGCAAUGAUUGUAUCCUCGUGCUGUAUGCCCUGUAUAUUGAUAACAUGUUGUUUUAAUGCGAUACACGUUUUUACAGCCAUUUUAAACUCGAAGCCGAAAUCGCGUCCAUGACGUGGAAAAUCAAUUAUAAAGACAUCAUCAGAAUACCGUCGGAAGGUUUUAAAACGAGCAUGAUGAGCCUCAUUCAAAGAAGAAACAGCCAGCGGGUAAACGGAAUCAUUAUAAAUUGUAUUGUGUUUUAUGAGAUAGGUGAGGAAUACGGUACGAAAAUGCGAACGGUCUGACCAAACACGAACGGACACGUUCGUUUGUCUUUUAUCGGUAGGCGAUAAAGACACGAACGAUCAAAAAAAUCGUGGACGUUUACCGUACGCACGAGUUACGAACGAACGAGCGUACGGUGUAAAAUGGCAGAACGUCUACUGGAUUCGCGUUCGGAAUGCGUUCGUGCCCGUUCGUUCACGUCCGGAACGUAACCCGAAUGCAUUUUAAGGAAAAUUGAGGGUAUUGCAUGCGUAUAAUAUUAUAAUACAUUUUCGUUUAAUAAUAAUCGAAUUAUUUCCCGCGGUGUACAUUUUCCGAUUCACACUGUUUACGGGACCGGGGGAAUGUUCUCCAAUCGAAAAAUAUUUAGGUAAUAUUAUGUCCUACACAUUCUAUUAAAACACCUAAAUGACGACGCUGAUAUUCUCUAAAAAUCUUUCAAAUAUUCUUCUUAUAUCCUCUUAAGAAUUAAAAAAUAUGCAAAAUAAACCAAUAUAGAUUUUUUUUUUUUUUUCAAAAUCAUGAAAAAAUUAUAGUUGUUAAAUGAUUCGAAAAUAAUUUUUUCCAGAUAUCUUAUUAUAAUUAAAAAAAAAAAACAAAUUAGUUUUUUUCUAAAAAUUUACACAAUAUUCAAAAAUAUGCUAAAUAUACUAAAUGGCAUAUUAUGCAAAGAAAAUGUCCCAUAAACUCUGUGGUGGACGAAUCGCCUGCAUGUUUUACCCUUGUAAAAAAAAAAAACCGCGUAUUUUAUUAAAAAUGUACAAAAUACGGAAUCUAAUAAUAACAAACAUGCCGUAAUAAUUCGACUGCGCCCUCCGGACCAAACGAGCAUUAAACGAGGGCCUUAAAUGAUAGCUUAAAAUGAUUUUAAUUGAAGUACGAUAAAAGACGGGUUGAAAUUCACCGUGUUAUUGCGGGAUGAGGGCCGUUUUUUUUUUUUUUGUAUUGUUUUAAACACUUCUAAAGGCCCCCAAAUGAAGCCAAAGAAACGAAAUUAUUAUAUACUCGUACACGCACGAUAGCUUAAGUGUCAAUUUUGUGCUAUUUGAGGGUUUCAAAUUUUAACACCUGGGCCAAUCAAAUUUUAUUCUUUUAGUUGUUUAGUAUUAAAUAUAUGGUAUUUUGUUAUUAUAGUAUUCGAAAUUUGUUGUUGUUUUACGUAACAUAUAAUAUUUCUAUAGCAUAAAUAAAUUCCAACCCGGAGAUUCGACCCUUAUAUAGUGACGAAGCUUUAAAAGGUCGAGGUUGUUUUUUUUGUUUUCGUUUAAUUUUAAUUUUUUGUCUAAUUAAUUUGAUGUCAGCUACUAAAUAGCUGAUUUUUCGUGAUUUUAACCGUUAUUUGUUCGUGAUUUUAUUUUUAUAAAACAGGACAGAAAAAACACUAGGAAAUUGCAUAUAGAUUAAUGAAAUCACGAAAAUAUAUUAUUGUAAAAACCAUAGGUACUGCGUCUAGAAAAUUACAAUAAAGUUAUGCCAUGUUGUAUAUCGGGUUUCUACAAUUAUUUCUUCCUGAUACCAAAAAGCAAAAAUCGAUUUUCAAAACUAACGACUCGGCAAUGUUCUUAACAUAUAUUAUCGUUUUAUUGGCAAUUUUUUUAUUUUUUGUCGGUUUCGUCUCAUUGUAUUAAAUAAAAAUACGAAGAAAAUUGCAAAACAUAACCUUCACUGCAAGAAAUCUUCUAAGGAAAAAUAUACACUCAAAUUCCAAUAAACAUUAUUUAUUCUUCGUACCGGGGGGAAAGUAAAAAAACACGUUAAACGUUGUCAUCGAGACUCGGUGCGAAAAAAAAGUAACUACUAAUAACUGCCCCAUUUACCUGUUUAUUGUGUUAAAAGAAAUAAAAUCCGUGAGAAAAAAACGAAUACAUUUCCCAGAUCACUACAGUUUUAUAACUUUCGAUAUUUUUAUUCAAUAUUUUAAUUUUAUCGCUCGUGUUCAACAACAUUAUAAUAAUAAUGUCGGGUAUGUAUACAGGACGAACACGGCGACGAUCUUCCCAAGAGAAGAAAGCCUUUCCGAUUUUCCAUAUUUUAUUUUAUCUCCUUGAUUUUCAAACGACCGCGUCGACGAAGAUGCGCCUCUAAACGCCGUGAAACUAGCAGUGGACAACCGCCAGAUGAGGCAAGUGAAGCACAACCUCAUCUAUAAUAGUUUUCUUACUAUAGUAGAUGAACUUAUUAUGUUGUAAAUGCCAUCUUUAAAAUAAACACUGUUCAAUACAGUUAGUUACUGAUAACAGCGGUAAAUCAAAAUUAACUAAUAAUAGUUAUAAUAAUAAUGACAAUAACAAUAAUAAUAAUAUUAAUAAUAAUAAUAAUAAUGAUAAUCGUGCAUUAUUUUAUAUUCUGAAGGUAUAUUUCACGUCUCUCUAAAUUAGCAUUCGUCUCCUUCUUGUAAUCUAAUCUAACCUAACAAUAUUUGCCUCGCCACCAGCAAGGCUUGCGAAACUGCGGAAAAUUUACAUAAGAAAGUUCGAUAGUAGAAUAUGGAGGACAAUUAAUGGAUCAACAAGAGAAGCACACGGAAGAUGAAAUUUCACUAACGGAUAAUUACGAAAAAAAAAAAAUACGUACAUCAGUCGUAAAUUUCAUACGAAGAAUCAAGGUGGUACAAUAUGCAGAAUGGAGCCGUAUAACUACGGACAAUACACCUAGGAAUCGGCGUAGGAUAUUUGAAUGGACGGAUAGAUGGAUCUAUUAGUUUUACUGUGACGUGUGGUUUUGUAUUUUUUGUGUUUGUAGAAAACUUUUCUACCAGAAAUCUUGGUACAAUGUCUACACAGUGUAGCAUCUUUUCAGACAGGUGAUUUUUAUCUAACUGGUGCAUAGAGUCUUCCCUAGGUUAUUCUUUGGUUUUUCAAGGGGUUUUCGAAAUAAUAUGGAUAAAUCCGGUACAAAAUUUAUUAUAGGUGAAACGCAAAUAUUUACGGCGUGCCGCGGCGUUACCGAUUUCAUUGUUUUUAAUGUUUGCAACUUAUAUAUUCUUCUACCAGCAAUAUUGUUUCAAUCAAAUAAUGACAAGAUAUCUUUUUAAUAUAUAGCCAUUGUCAAAGAAAGCCGUUUUUUGAUAUUUAAAUUAUUAUUCAUAAUAAUUAAAAAAAACUGAAAAACACGAAGAAUGAAAGGGAAAAUUUACAAAAAAUAAUUCAUUCAUUAUUUUAAAUUCUUUUUUUCUAAUGUAAUUCAGUAAAAAAUAUUCGUAAGAAAUUGGUUUUUCUAGACGCGGUGAAAUUCCCAAAACUUUCAAGUCUUUUUUUUUUGAGCUUUUUACAGACAUUUUAAUUUAUUAGGUUUUUUAUGUAAUUUUUAUUCAGUAAGUACCUACUCUACAGAUAAAAUUGUUAGACUAAACAGAAAUGCUUGAAAUUUUUACAGGAAGUUCAUUAUAAAUCUUAUUUAAAGUCUUUCAAAACAAAUAUUGAAUGUAAUAUAGUAUUUUUUUUUUUUUUUUACAUGAGUUUUAUUACACAUUUUGACAAAAAUCUUAAAUAUUGCGGCCUUUCAAAACUUGUGUAACCGAAUUUCGCUCCAAAUUGUUUUUCGUUUACAGCAAUUUAUCGUUGGUUAAAGGUAUAAAUUAAAUAACUUUAUGAGCCCCACUUUCUCAAAUAUUCACCUACAACAGUAGCCACACAUGUCUCCAGUAUCGGCUGUUUUCGUUUUCUUUUUUUUUUUUUGUGGCAUCGUUGACGGUUUGGAAACCGUGUUAUCAAUACUUCCGAUCUGCCACCAUAGUUUGUUGAUGUAAUAGAAGAACAAGAGUAGAUAGAAGUAAUUCUGGGUUAAGAACAAAAUGGAGGGUGGUUGUAAGGGUAGCAAAAAUUCCAAAAAAAGAAGGUAUCAUAAUAAUGUUUUCCAUUUGGCUAUAGUAUUUGGGAGGAUGCAACUGUAGGCAAUUUUAAAGAAUCUUUUGAGAUAUUUUUGAAUAUGUAUAUAAUUAAACAAAAACAGAACACAUUUAAAUACAAAAUCUUGAUUAAAAAGUUCAUCAAUGAUCAUAUAAUUAUUCUCUAAAUAAUAAAUAAAUUGUUUUUUUUUUUUUUUUAUACAGAUUUAAAGUUUAAAUACCAAUAAACUUCAUAAAAACCACGACAAAUACUAAAUAAUUGUGUAUAGAUGUCUUAUUAUUUUUUUAUUUUAUUUUAUAAAUUCGCUUUUCCGCGCCUUUCACGCAACUCAGAAAUUCGACACCACCCUCUGACCACUAUCAUCGUCAACACUCGGGCUAUCUGAUGAUCGGAAAAUAGUUUCGAAAACUUGUCCAAAAGCCGCGAUAAAUAAAAAUAAACUUGAACAGAAAGUUUCCCUGUAUUGUAACGGAAUUCUCCAGGGACGAAAUUUCACCAACAAAACUUACGACAUAGAUACUUACCGAAAUUUUAAUUUCGUUUUUUUGUUUUGUUUUUUUAGCCAUCCGUAAUAUCGGACGAUAUCGGGAGUAUGAUAAGCCAAUGUGAAUACGGACGUCAAAUGUUUAGCCAAACGGCGUUUUACAAAGUAAGUAUAUACUAAGUAUAAUUACCGUUCUUACUCCAAAUUAUAUUUUGUAAUAAUCACUGUUAUACAAUAGUUUUUAUUUAUUAUUUAUUUAUUUUAUUCAAGAUAUAAUAAUGCAAAUUAAAAUAUAAUAUUAUAACAUACUUGCGUAUAUGGUAAAGCAAUAUGAUAUUAUAACGAUUUAAUAACUAAUUCUUAAUUUCUACUAAUAUAAUAUUCCAAAGAUUUUCAAAAACGAUAUAAAGAAAAUUAUAUACAAUACAAAUACAAGUUAUUAUUAUCCGAUACCUAUUAUUCGAAAUGUGUAUUCUUAAUUGUAGCACAGUUUCAAUUUUAUAAAUCAUCUGCGGGUGUAUAGUUUAAAAAAUACCAACAAUGACGAACAAGAGACGUCGAGUUGUUAACCUAACCGGAGUAUGUUAUUUAUAUAGUCCGGUCACAUUUAAAAACAUGAAAGAUUCAUUCGCUUUCUUUUGCUUAGGUCUUAAUCGGACCAUUUAGGUUAUCCGUCGCUUCAACCAUUUAUUCUCAUUUAUGCUCACGUAGGUAUCUAGUUUAGCGUUUAUCUUGAUCAUUGGUCAGAUCUGUUCAUACUGAGUCAAUCCAUAUCUUGCCGCGAAAUUUUCCUGAUAGUCUUGUUCGGGUUUCCUACCUUUUACUAACCAGAAAAUUGCACGUAUACUCGGUCAAUUGUGUAUUAUAAUUCGAUUUUUCCUAUUUCGAGUUUUCCUAAAUACAUAAUUUCCUUAGUGUAUAGUUGACCCUGCGCUCGAUAAAUAGUAGAGGUACGAGAAGAAUACAAGUCUGAAUGUCUAUUCGAGUUUUUAGUGUUGUAGCAAUAAUCGUGUAAAGUUUGUAGGCUAAACAUGAUAUAAUAAUAAUAAUAUCUCAUAAGUCGUAAACGUUAAAAGUUUCACUUUGAAUAAUUUGCUACGAUCAGACGCUUUGUAUGAUUAAUUUGAGUUUGAAUGGCGAACACGACCUUUAUGUACAUAAAUAUUUGCCAUAACUAUUUGACCGGCCGGAUAGACGCUAAAGGUGUGAAUACAAUAAUAUUUUCUUAUUGUAAUUUAUCGUUUGACCGGAAUUCGCUAAGAAAAAGAGUUUCACGUCCAUUGGUGAAAUGGACAGUAUAUUGCAUUUUCGAUUCUUAUUGUAGCUUAAAAGCUAUUAGUAUUACUAAAAUGUGUAUUUAAAAAAAACUUCGAAAAUACUUUUCGAGUUAAUAACAAUUAUUCCAUUUUUUUUUCAUGCUGUACGUUAAGAGAUGAGGAAUUGCCUUAUUGCGGCACUUUAUUUGAAAGACAUGCUUUUAAAGACCGUUUUUCUAUGUAAAUCGAAUGUCCGUUUUCUUGGUGCUCCACACAGAAUCGUUUUUCGAUUACAACGCUAUAACCUAUACCUUUCGAGCUUUUAACGGACUAUAGAGAUAUACCAAUUUCUCGGAGUACGUUUAGCAUUUUAUACUUGUUUUUAGAAUUUUUUGGAAGCGUCCCAGUUUUUCGGUUGAACAUUCGAAAAUCGUCACCACACUCAUGCCUUACGGACGGUGAAGCGAUUUAUUUUUUAAGGGGGAUAGUCAAUGUUAAACAUCAAUGAUUUAAAAAAAUAACCAUCUCCUUAAACAGCUUUAGGUGCUGCUUUGAUAUGCACCCAAAAUUGCAUACCUACUUCGGUGAUCUUCUAUAAUCGAUCUAAUAUAAGUAUCAUACACGUAUGAUACUUCUAUGAGAACUAUGCACGAUCUAAAAUACCAUAUUUUACACAGUUAAUUAGCUUGCCUUGUAAAGUGAUUAGAAUACGAUCAUUCAUCUUUUUGUUAGCAGUUUCCUACAUGGCAUUGGUAAAGGACUCUGAAAACACAUUUCCAAACAUUACGAAUAUAAUUUGAAUAUAACCUAUAAAAAACUAUACUGUCCUAUUUGUCGUUUUUGGUUAAAUAAUCAAAAAUCAAAAAAGGUAGAAGAAUUAACAUUUUACAAAAUUGUAGCAAUAAAAAAAAAAAAAAAAGGUUGUGAGCAGAUCCUUUAAUACAUAAAUAAAUUUAAAAUGACUGAACUUUUUGUUAGAAAUAAGUAUUAAGUCUUAAUCAUAAAUGUUAUUAAUUGAUUAUGAGUAGAGCUGUGAAUUUAAUGCACUAAAAACACCUUAAAAAAUGCAAUAAAUAUGCACUUAAAAUGCAAAUUAUGCGCUGAAAUACCAAAAAUUGUAUUAUAAAAUGCACUUUACAUGGUUUAAAUUAAUUUUUUUAAUAAAAAAAAUUAUAAAAAUGUUGAUUAAAUUUAAACUUUGGUUUUGAAGUUGAUUGAUUCUUUAAUAAUUCUAUUCGCCUGAAACAUUUUUUAAAAUUUUUUUUAUGUAUUUAUUUUGUUCGAAAAAAAAAUCUUUUCAUAGAUACUAAUUGACGGACUUUGAUCAAAAUUACCAGAAAAUGAAAUAAAAAAGGAAAAUUUGACCUAAAAAGGCAAAACAAUAACCUGAUAAAAAACAUCAAAAAUGUAAAAUACAAUUUUAAAAAACGGAUUUGUUGUUGCAUAAUUCAAAUUAUAAACAUACAAAGCUACGUUUCUCAAUCAUUUCCAUGCAACUAAGUCUUAAAUUUAACCUAUUUAUUACAUAAACAUAAAAAUUAUUUGCAAUUUAAUUUUAUAGUAUUUUAUUUUAAAAAUCAUUAUACAUAUAUAAUUAUAUUAACAAUUAAAUGUUAAUAAUAUAGUAAUUACUUUGUACCAUAUUAAAAGUAUUGGUAAUUAUAUUAUUUGCGCUUUUGAAAACCUUAUACCUCAACUUUAAACUUUCUAUUUGUUAAACAGAUUUUAAAGAACAGCGCUGAAUAUUAGUGGUAAGUUUAAUAAAUGACAUUAGGGGGGAAUAGUAUAUCACUGGAUCCCACGAUUUCUCUCCGUUUUAUUUUCUGUGUUUUGUUUACUUUAAACUAGAUUAAAAACCGAACAAGUGUUACUUACUAUUACUUUAAAUAAAGUAAAUCAAAGAAUUCAAUUAUGUUUGAAAAAUUAAAAUUGGGCGACUGGAAAUGGCUAAAUUCUCCGAAUUAUUAAUCUAAAACUACGUUAUAUUUGUCCGUAAAACCGGUCUCCCUCAAAUAAGUAUCGAAAUACUAGUAUAAAUCAUAUCAUUAAGGCUAUUAAUCUUAAAAGGUAAAGAUAAUUUUCAAAUUUUAUAAAAUUUUAAAUACUAUAGAAAAUUAUUCCCGACCUCCGCAACUUCAUUAACGUAGUUCAUUAUUAAAAAUUGAAUUUUUUUUUGUGGGAGGGAACGUUCUUAACAUAAUCGUGACACAUAGGUACAAAAAGUAGGUACAUUAUGUCUCGGAUUAUUUUUAUCAUUUAAUAUUUAUUUAUUUUAUUUGAAUAUCAACACCACAAGGCCGCAUAAUACAGAUUGAUAACGAAUACAGUCAUACCGUAUUAUAUAGUAUGGAUAAUAUUAUAAGGAGAAAAUGUACAACAAAAAAUUACUUAAAUACAUUAUUAACGUACAAUUAUGUAAAACAAUAAGUACAAUACCGUCAGGACCUGAAGAGAGUUUUGGUUUAAGUAAGGGUAAUACAUCAAAAAUAUCAGUGAACAAAAUGUCAAUAUAAUUUAAGUUAACCAAACCAGAGGGAGAUGUGGUAUCAGAUUAGUUAGGAGGGUUAGAUAGGCCAUGAACCGAUUUAAAGAAUGAAGCAAAAAGAUUAUGACCAUUAUCAAGCGAGCACUUCCUCACUGAGCAUGCCGCCGUAUUGCCGGACAAACAGUAUACGGAUUGCCACAAUAGUACCAUCGUCGAAUUCGGGUUCGGGGUCGGCCCAGUCAACAAUGGUCCCCUCCGGGACAACCAGUCCUUGGCUUCCACGGCCGUGGCUCGUGAUUCGUAGUCUAGAAAACAGAAGCUCCGAUUCAUGGUUGGGUUCUUGAAGUUCUUGCAAGUGAUCACGUGGACCAGUCCGGGCGUUUUUCGUUUAAACUCCGCGCAUAUGUCCCAUUCCGUCUUGGCGUUUGGCAGCUUGCCCACGAACAGCCUGUGCGGACCGUGGUCCCGGUCCCGGUGUUCAGUUCUGAUCCAGAUCCCGUCUCUAGUCUUGGUUAUUGAAUAAUAAAUAAGAAAUUGACAAAGUUAAUGAAUUAAAAUUAACUUAGUUUAACAACAUAUGUUAUUUAUUAACUCGUAAUAUACAUAUCUAUGAAGUCUAUCUGAAUAAUUUAUAUAGCUUACUUGAAAAUAUUUAACUAGCUACUUGUAAAUAUUUAUCUAGAUAAGUCAAAAAACGAGUAAAAUGUUAUUGAGGUAAAAACCGAAAACUACGAGGAAGCAAAACUUAAAAAAAUAUAGUAUUAAUUUAUGUCUAGAAACUUAUAGAAACAGAUAUUUAGAAGUGAAUACUACAAAUAAAACGCGAAUAAAUGCAUAUCGAAUUAAGUUAAUUAUACGUGCUUCCAAAAAGGGCUACUGUGCUUUAGAAAAGUUGUUUCAGUCAGAAUUCCUUUCUAGGCGAUCGAUAUGUAACGCUAGUUCUUAUAUGUUUCCUGCGUAUUAUAUAAAAUAUUGUGGAUGAUAGACUACAAAAGGAGCCGAAAAAAAAUGUCUUGUUUUGAAAGAAGAGAUCUUAAUAUACACGAGGAACUAAUAGAGCAGUCUACCGAAUUCCUCGAAAACCCUUUAUGAAUGCUUACCUUAUGAACAAGCCAUAUUUGAAAGUUGAACGGCAUUUCGAAGAAAACCUCAAUAGCCGGUAGGAAAGAUGAAAAAAAAACAACCGAAAGUUUCACCGGCGGCGGAUUAAAAUACUCACCACCUAUAAGCAAAGAAAAAAUAUCUCAUAUCCCUUAUUACUCCUUCAAUUCAUACAUAUUUUUUUAUCUUUUAAACCAUAUUUGAUAUACAUAAUAAUUAAUACAAAGACGAAAAACCGUACACAUUAUAAAGUGCAAACUAUUAAUAUCGUUACCUCAGAAAGUCAAAAUUUAACAUACACAAUAAAAAUCAUUUUAAUUCAAUAUUGUUGUUUAUUGUUAUAAAAUUUAAAAAAAAAAAUGAAUACUCAAAAUAUCAUGUAAAAUCGAAUUUUAAUUUGGCGCUUAUCGAAUGAAUCAAAUUUGUGGCUGAUCAAACAAUUUUUAUUAUUUUUAAUUCAUUUGAAGUACCAAGGUGUGUAGCAACUAUAUUUGUUGUGUUUAUUCUGAGAUUCUUUACCGACACCAUAUAAAUUAAACAAGUUUUCCAAUGAAACUCUUGGUGUUUUACGUCAAUUUUCAAUAAAAUUAUACAAAAUCAUCGUAAGUAUUUUCAUAUGCCCUCAUUUAUCAAGGGUAUAGCUUUAACUAAACUAGAGUAAUCAAAAGACUGUGUAAUAACCGGUUUCAGUUUGAUACUUCAGAGUUGAUAAGACUACUUAAUUGUUGACCGUGGACUAACCAGUUUUUAAACAAAACGAGAAUAUGUGUUAUAAAGUCGUUUUCUUAAAAAUGAACACAAAUAAUACCGGAGUUUAUUUAGUCUUGCGUACUAAUAAAUACUUUAACCAAAGACCUUCUCGCACUUCUCUUCCGUAUCGUUCGGGGCCAGCCUUAAGUAUAAUUUACAAUUUACUGCCUUGGCGUAUUUGCUUCACUGGCCUAAUUACUAAUAUUGAUGAUCAAACGCAUAUACAAUGUAUAUAUAUCUAUGUUAGCAUGUACAACAGUAGUUAUCAAGGGUAAAAUUUCUGAGAUAGUUGUUUGUGGUAAAAUAAAGUAAUUAAUUAAUUAAUUUUCCUAUUCUUUCUUUUAUAAAUUGAAAAUUUGAUGCCUUUAAUUUUGUAUUCUAUAAUCGCCUGCAUAGACUAUUGUAGGUAAACCUACCACUGAGUGUCGCCCUAAAAAGUGUUAAAAAGACAAAGAGAGAUACUGAUUAUUUCAAAUGCACUCGGUAAAAUAACAAUUGAGAAAAUCUUGGAGUAAAGAAAUGGGAAAUAUAACAAAGGCAGAGAAAGUCAUUCGAUGAACAUGAGAACUCAAAAUGUAAAAAGAAGAAUGUUUUUUAUCAAAAUGUUUUUUUGUCGACGGGGAUGUUGUACUCAAAGUGUACAAUUUCGAAAUUUGAUUAAAUCGUUUAAAUUAGUGACGUCGACUGAAAUUGUAAUACAUCUUGAACUACUCAAAAACGAGAUACUAGCAGCACAGUAUUCUCAUUGUCUGAUCUCUCCAUUGUAUUUUCGCUUUGAUUCUGUCGAGUAGCUUUUUCCCACAGUUAUUGCAACUCCGACUGUAAAAGACAGUGUCUUGAUUAAACCCGAAUUUAUUUUUGACGUAGUUGGCUGUUUCCAUUUUACUGUCGGUGUGCUAAAGAAGUUUUAAAAGAUUGAUUUUGUUCGGUAUCAGAUUCCGAGUUUAACAAGAAAGCUUUUAGUCUUACAAUGACACAUCUUUUUCUCUCAGAAAAAUCCUGUUACAGUUAGUAAACAUAUUCUGAUUUUUUUAACGGCAUGUCUUAAAAGAUGCGAAAUUUCUGAUCGAUGGUACUUUAUUUGAUACAUUUAUCGCAUUUUCUAGUAGUUCGUCUCCAAAGUCUUUUUUGUAUUGUGUCAGUUUGGUUUAUUUUUCGGUUACCUUGACAACAAGGGAAAACACUACCCAUACUAAUUCACUCAAAAUCGUUCUUUAUUUUCUUCAUUGCUUCAUCGUUGCACACAGUAUGUGACCUAAAUUUCCCUGUAUAGUUUAUCUUCCUAAUUCUCCGUUUACAAAAGCUAUCUUACUGUGAACAGUAUCAGGUAUCAAUGGCCAUUUUUUUUAUUUUUUUUUUUUAUUUACACUUUGAUCUAGGUAUAAAUAAUUUUUUUUCGGAUACUUUGAUCUAUAUUUUUUUAUUCACCCCGAACGAAAGAAAAGAAAUGUACCUACGUAUAUAAAAUGGAUUUAUGGCAUAUAUUUAUUAUUACUAUGAUUCAACGGCGAAUGCUUUUUUGAGUGGAAAAAAAAAGCUCGCGUAUUAUUGUAGUUCUUCAAUCCAUUAGAAAGUAUACACAAACAAAGAUGGCUUGGUGCGUAAAAACUGAAUUUUUUUUUACCACACGUACACCGGAAAUAUAAUAUUGAAAUACAUUUUUGCGACCAUAAUAAUAAUAUAUAUUCGUUUCGCUACAUAAUAUCUCGUAUUAAAUCGUCUAUCGCGUAUUGAACUAUUAUCUGCAGAUCUUUAAAAAGAUAACUUUUAAUAGUAUUUUGAGUUCAAAUACGGAUAUUGUUUUAAAAGAAUACGGCGUAAUUACUUGGCUACAAAAAUAUUGGUUGAAUUACUAUUUUUUAUUUACUUUCAUUAUUAUUUAAUACCAGCACUAGUAAAAGUUUAAAAUCCGUUUAAUAUCUAACGAGAUGUAACACGAUACGUUUCAAUUUCAAAACUUAUUUCAAAAAUUGAUUUAUAAAACUUGUUUAAAUAAAUAUUUGACUUAAAAUACAAAUACUUUUACUCAAAUACGUCAAAGUCCGUUAAUUGUUGUUAUUUUUUAAACUCGAAUUAUUUUAUCAAUUAAAUACGGUCGAAAAUGUAUAAAAUACAAGACUCGAAUAAAUAUUUUUAUUUGUACUUAAAUCUAUAGUUUUAAGAAAAAUAAAAUGAUUUGAAAAAAUAGAGGUUUCUUUUUUGUUUUAGUUGGUUUAUAUGAUAAAAAUUACAAAAACCCAUGGAAAAAAACCGCAAAUUUGUCCAUCAUGUAUUAUAGAUAAGAAAGAGAAAAGAAAAAAGAGAAGUGCGGAAGGUCUUUGGUUAGAGUAUGUAUUAGUACGCAAGACUAAAUAAACUCCGGUAUUAUUUGUGUUCAUUUUUAAGAAAACGAAUUUAUAGCACAUAUUCUCGUUUUGUUUAAAAACUGGUUAGUCCACGGUCAACAAUUAAGUAGUCUUAUCAACUCUGAAGUAUCAAACUGAAACCGGUUAGCACACAGUUUUUUGAUUACUUUAGUUUGGUUAAAGCUAUACACUUGAUAAAUGAAGGCAUAUGAAAAUACUUUCGAUGAUUUUGUAUACUUUUUUUUAAAAUUGACGUAAAACACCAACAGUUAUUCAAAGGAAAACUUGUUUUAUUUAUAUGGUGUCGGUAAAGAAUCUCAGAAUUUACACAAUAAAUAUUGUUGCUAUACACCUUGGUACUUCAAAUUACUUAAAAAUAAUAAAAAUUGUUUGAUUAGCCACAAAUUUGGUUCAUUCGAACAAGCGCCAAUGUAAAAUUCGAUUUUGCAUGACAUUUUAAGGAUUUUUUUUAGAUUAAAGGUCAUUUUUUUAAAUAAAAGCACUUGAGUGAGAAAAAACUUAAGAAAACGUACAAUUUCACAAUAUCAUUAUCUUUCAAUACACGGACAAUAUUUUUUACCAAAAAACAAAAUUUAAUUGAAUAAUCACAAUACACCUUAUUUGUUACCUUUUUAAUUUACUUUCUUAUAGUGUCAUCUUCAAAACUUUUAAGCUACUUUUGAGCUACUAAAAAAUUUAAAUUUUUGGGAUUUUUUUGCUAUUAUUCGAUUAUAGAUACACGUAGAGACUUGAAAUUUAAUAAAAAUACUUAAAUUGGACUUAUCUAGAUGCGGUAAAAUUUACAACAGUGGCCGCACCCAUCCCUAGUAUCAGCUCUUUUUUUUAUUAUGAUUAUCUUUGUCAUGGAAAUCCUAAUAAUCUCUUUUUUUAAUCGUGCUACAUUAUGAGUUGUCUAGGCACUCUAUUAUAUCUUUUGUAAAGCCUUUUCUUUCGUAACUUUUUAUAAAAAUGAACUACAAAUAUAGCUUUUUAUAGUCCAUUUGUGAGCAUGUAUACAUAGCAACAUAUCAGAUGUCCUGAUGCCUAUAUUAAAGUUAUUGUUUUGAACGAGAUAAAUGUUGAUAACGAAUUUCAGGGCGUAUGUUGGUAGUAAGAACAUCGUUCUCCGUUGGAUUUUAUUAUUUCGGAACUGCGUUCCGUUCGCCGUCAAGCUUUGUCGACUGUAUAGUUUUUAAGGGAGUUUUUUUUUUUUUUUUUUAAUGUCUUUUCUUUUUCGACAUUCACCAUUCGGGAGAUGGCUAUUAUUAUUAUUAUUAUUAUAUAUGUAUAUUAUGUACCGGAAUCGUCAUUCGUCAACGGUCCGAUCGAUAAUUCGCUUUAAUGUGCGGCGCGUGAUGUAGACGGACUUUUGCUAUUGUUCCAUUUUAUAUUGUUGUAUCUCGUACAUAUAUAUAUAUAUAAUAAUAAUAAUACAGUUUGCGCGAUCUAUGAUAUAAUAUAAUAUAUUUUGUUAUAAGCGUGUGUAUGUAUAUAUACAUAUAUAUUUAUAUUCUCUUUGUGCGUCUUAAUUAAUUUUCAGCUCGUCACUUGGGUAAAUUAAGUCGUAUAUAAUAUUUACUAACGCCGUUUAUUAACCGUGCCAACUAUUAUUUCCACAACGGUCGAGACUCGUAUACUAUUAUAUACGUAUAACGGACGUAUGAAUCCGCGCGUGAUCAUCGGGAAAAGUAAAUAGCCGACAACGCCCCCAUCGCAAUAAAACGUCUCAGCCGAUAACAGUCAUUAGAAAAAAAAAAAAAAAACGCUACUAAUAACCUUUACCGUCACUGCUUCGCGUUUAUUGGGCUGUCACGUGUAUUAUACAGGGUGAUUUACCUCGUCGUUGUAACUCUACAGAAACUUUAUUGUACACAUCGUAUAUAAUAUACAGGUAGUAUAAAAGAAACGGCGUAAUCGUACUACCUACGUAUAUAUUACGUAUAUUACCUGCACUACGGCCUGUGCGUUUUUCUCGGUCUUAAAUCUUUCGGUCGAUCGGCUGCAACUCUCCGUGAUGUUUUUCUGUCAAAAAUCAAAUCCUAUUCAACUCUCGACGACUACUAUUAUCAUUCCCGUAUACGAAUUCGCUAUCGGCCGCGUCUACUUGGAAUAUUACCGUCGCUACGUUUGACCGGGGUCAAACACGUCGUAUACGGCUUACGGCCCUAAAAAAUUUUGUCUAAAAAACGUCCGAGAUUUAUAGAAAUACGAGUAUAUAUUAAUUUUAAAACUACUGUGGGUCGUUUAUUCGCCCGACAGUUGGGGCAUUUUAUCGUCCGCUCGUAAAUAAAAGUUGCCUGAAAUCUGUAAAGGACCUAUGGUCUAUUUCUGUCAGUGAUUUGAAUGCUUCAGUUUCACUUGAUUAUUUCAUCUAGACGUGAUAAACAUCUAGAUUAAAUAUACAAUAAAUACACCCCGGGUAUUUUGAUGUGUAAAAUAUUAUCAAUUUAAUAUUUUGGAUACAUUUAAAUUAGUCUAGGCUAAAAUCGAACUUAUUUGUUUACGGUCUGCAAAGUACUUAAUCCGGUUACACGUAUAACCUUUAACAAUCCACUUCAAUAAACUAUCAUGGCGGAGCAUAUGACAUAUGAUAUUAUUUUCUCAUCGGAGAUUUUUUUUUUUUAUAAUUUGCCAAAGUUAGUAUUUUUAUUAGUUGUACAUUUUAAAUGUCAUUGUACGUACAAUAAUUCUGAAAGUUGAUACUUAAAUGGAUUUUAGGAUAUUCCAAUACGGCUUUAUUUAUUAGGAUUUUUAAUUGGCACAAAGGAUUUGUUUUAGUUUAAAAAUGUUUCACCUAUUUUUCCCCUCUCGAUUUUGCGGUCAAUACUUUUUUGAGGCGAUAAAACGCGUUCGGGUCCAAAAUUUUACAAUACAAUACAAUGUUAAUCGAACGCAAGUGGUGCUUUUAGACAAGUCACUUUUUAUUUCUAUGCGAUACUCAAAUAACAAUGCUACAAAAAAAAUUUAAGUUUUAAUUGUUUUAAUUGUUAGUUUUGUUGUGGUCCGAAUUUCUAAUGACGAAUUUGAACUUCAAAACCAUGGAUUUUCUAUCAUUGGUAACACAAUUGUUAAACUAUACGUUUUUGGUUAUUUAUCAACAGUUUCAACCAGAUGGUGAGUUGUCACCAAGCUUCAGACAAGUUCUUAAAUAUUAUAUAAUUUGUUGAUAAAACAAUUUUAAAAACACAUCUAUUCUCAUUCUUUGUGAAUCAGAAGUUUAUGUUUUUAUUUUUUAUUAUAGUCACGGUAUAAAAGAACAACAUUAAAUAUUUCCUUCUUUUUUUUUAAAAAUGUUCAACAAACAUUUUUUUUAUCGACUUUAAAUGCAAUCUUUUAUAGAGUCUUAUCUAAGUACGGUUCCCAAAGGACCGGCGGCCGUAGCACACCAACAUUCUCCGUGAUGACGCCAAAGGCAUACCCACCACGAAACUUCAAACUAUUAUAUAAAUAUUCUUAAAAGAUAAUCAUUUUUUUUUUUUUUUUUAUGACUUGAAAAACAUAUGUCACACAAUUUUAUUACGCUGUAGGUGUAAAUGACAGACAAAGAUAAAAUAGACGAACCGCAAUCAAUUUUUUCUCUAUUUAUAUCACAACACUGUGUAUCAACUGACUUUUACGCUACUUGUGGUUUAAUUUGGCGUCAUAUUUUCUACUGCGAUAAUAUUAUUAUUUCCAUUAGAACCAUUAGAAAUUGUAGUAGCUGCUUUCAACCAUUGGCUUAACCCUCAAUUGUCUCUUGUACCGAUAUUGGAGUACAAGUUGUACGCCGAUUUAGUGCCCUUGAUAAAUUGCUCGAUAUCAGUCUAUAUUUGUCCACGGCGUAGGGUCGUGCGACGUUUUCGGACUUUACAUUUAAAAUUAACGCAUAUUCCGUCGGUAUUUAUUAUUGAUCAUUCCGUUAAAGGCGAUUUUAUGCCCGAUUUUCGAUAUAGUGUUGUGUAGACAUCGAAUCAAAGGAAUUACGCCGAAAACCGAUAAAAAAAUAAAGGAAUUACCUACAUCCACCCCCUGAGUAUUUUGAACAGCUCGUGAAAAUAUACAACGACUAAAAGACUGGAAUCGUAUACAUCUGAAUAUUCAUGAGUGUAUAGCGUACGCAUGUUCAUAAGGGUUUGCAAUGUGAGCGUUUCAAAUCAAACCGAUUUUAUAGAUUAAACUUUAAUUCAUAUAUUCGAAGGGUAAAGAAAUAUUUCGUUAUCAACACAUAUAAUUUUUACAUUUUAUAUACACCAUUUUAGUAAAUUUAUGUACUAUUUCCUUUUUCCAAAUUUAAACAGUUUAUACAGUAAUUUACAAUUUAUACGACAGUUAAAUGUGUUAAUCAACAACUAGUUUCACACAUGGAAAAAGUUUUUAUUAUCGAAAAUAAUUUUUCUUAAUUUAAUACAAAUAAUUAUUUUUUCUUCUAAUGGUCUGUAUGCAAAGAAAUAAUACUGUACGAUAGUUACUACGGUUUACGGCAAUACCACUUCUGUGACGUUUACACGACUUCACGACCAAAUAUUUAUCUUGUUGGUUGCUAUAAAUGUUUGUUAAUUGAUAUAAUAUAUGAAUAUUUUCAAUUUUAUAAUUGAUAAUUUAAUAAUACUAACCGUUUAAAAAUAAAUACGCACUGUGUGUUGCAUAUAUGUAAAUAAUAAAUAAAUGUCGAUUUGUUUAAUUUCCAAGUGAUAAAUUUUUCGAUGAAUUUAAUUGCGUAUUUUGGAUAAUUAUAGCGUAUAUUAGUGCCGAUUUGGUUAUUUCAUUGUGUUUUUCAAAUUUUUAGUGAAUAUUUUCCUGGUACUUACAGAUGACAAAUCGGCUUUUCGUUUACAAUUUAGACAAAAUACUACGUAGAUUUUCAAAUUAAACACCGCCGAGUUGUAAUUGUUUUUUUAUACCUAGGAACUUAAAAUUAUUGAAUUUUUAAAAUUUGUCUUAUACUUACAGGGCAAUAAAGUUGCGCUGAAAACGUUAAAGAGAUCACGUUUGGAAUUAAAACGUCCGCUUCUCCUGGAAUUUAAAAGGGUAAGUUUUUUGUAUCACGUACACUAAUAUGAUAAUAAUAAUAUGCUUUUUUAUUUAUGUAUAAUUUUCACUCGCAUGUCUUCGCGAUGCUUAAUUAACUGUGUAGUACCUGCCGUCGUGCACAUGUUGGUAUUUGUUUUUUUUAAUAACGCCUUUACGUUCCAAGAAGCGCGGUUGAUCUUUCACAUAGUUAUUUUGUCUCAUAUUUUCAUAUAAAAUAUACGCAAGACGUGCUUACCUACUUACCUAUUCAAAUAAUAAUUACAUUCUUUUUUUCGUCAGAAAAAUACUGAAUGAUUUUUUUUUUAUCAUGAACCAGUAAUUUUCUCAGAGAAUUCCACGUGAAUUUUAUUUCAAUGUGGAAUCAUUUAUUCUUUUUUUAAAUUCCAUUUUUAGAUUUUAACCCUACUCCGUAUACCUUUAAUAAAUAUAUACUUUUUUUCAAAUAAAAAUCCCCCUUUUUGAAUACAAAUCCGAAUAGAGAAUACUUUUCUAGACAUUUUGUUAUUCAAAACACUAUUAUUAGAAUUAUCGUUUGUGAAUUAUAAGUUUAUAACUGUUUUAAGUAUACACUGAAGGAGUAGGGAAGGAUAAUAAAUUGCAUAUCUAUGUUUAAAUUAUAAACUAAUAGUUAUUCUAUACUCCUCCGGUCUAAACUUUAAACGGUUAUAACUCAUAGAUGGUAAAUCUGAUAUUAAUAUUAUAUCGCAUAUUAAAAUUUUUAAAAAGGUAUUCUCUAUUCGAAUUUGUAUUUAAAAGUGGAUUCCUGUUUGAAAAAUGUAUGAAUACUUAGUUAAAGUGUGUGGAAAAAUUAAAAAUAUGAUUUUAAAAUAAAACUUAAACGAUUCCACAAUGAUAAAAAAAAACCCCCAGGAAUCAAAUUUACUUAAAAUUAUCCGAGAAAAUUGCUGGUUCGUUAUAAAAAAAAAUCAACCUUUAUAAGUAAUCUUUUACUAAAGAAAUGUUAUCAUCACCUCAGUAAAAAAUUUACCCCACCCCAACGCAUCAAUCAAAUUUUUCCAAUAAAAAGAUGGUCCUUUUGUUAAAUUCCACCAGUGAAGUUUUACUCCCUGAUAGUUUACUGAUGGGGUAUAAUUUUCUAGCAAACAGUUACCGGGUGGAGAGUCAUAAAUAUUCACAAACGAAAUUUUACUAGAGGGGUUUUUAUUUUCAUUUUUUUCAAACAUUUUCUACAUCAAAAUCGAAAUACUUUUUGCCGAAUAUAAACUUUAACAGCCGUUUAACAUAAAUUUAAAUCGCUUCAUAAAAAUAAAUUUCGUUUCUAUUUGGCAAAAGCCGUUGGAAAUAUUUCGGAAGAAUUGUAUAUUAUACAUCGUUUCAGCUCAAGGAUUUGCACCAUGAUCAUUUGGUUAGAUUCUACGGUGCGUGCGUGGAAGCCAAUUAUUGCUGUUUGCUGACAGAGUACUGUCCAAAAGGAAGUUUACAGGACAUACUGGAAAAUGAUCAAAUAAAACUCGACUGGAUGUUCCGGUACAGUUUGAUGCACGACAUCAUCAAAGUAAAUAUAAAAUACCGAUCUAUAUUAUAUAUUUUUAGUGGUUUCUGUCGUAUUAUUAUAAGUAAACCUGGGAUUUCAAUGAACUCUGCAUUGUUUUACAAAGCUUGCACAAAUUAUAAUUUUUUAAAAAUGCAAAAUAAAAUGUCUUGACAAUUUUUAUUUUAAAAUACUUUUUGAUUCAUUAUUUUAAAUUUUUAGAACAUUUUCGGAAUUUUAAGGGGCAUCAUAUUCCCAGCCUCAAUACUAUUAUUACAUUGUUUUCAGAGUGACUUAAGACAAUCAACUCCAAAUUUAUUAACCACAAGUAUAAUUUUCAUCGGGAGACUACAUAUCAUUGUAAAAACGUUUUAGGCCACUUUUGUACAGAAAUAAUAAUAGGCACCUUUAUAAUACGAUGUCUAUAAUAAACCGAUCGAAUAAAGGACAAAGAUCCAGACUUGAAUUUAGGUUUUUUUUUAUCUUUCUAGUUCGUAGUUAGGUACAUUUGGAAAAAUUGCGACUUUAAUAUUAUGUAGGCAAACCGGUAAAAAUGAACUCCACUGUGAAUCGUUUUUCAAUUGGUAUUUUAUCAUUGCAUACAGCAUGGUUGUUUAAAAUUUUAAACUAAAUAUCUUACAACGGCGAUCUACCAACGAUAGGUGUGCAAAGUAUUUUCAUUCGUAAUUUUUAAAUUUUUUUUUUCAAAUUUAUUUCUGCGGUAUUCCUGGAUUGCACGGGUAGAAAAAAAAUGUUAUUAAUGUUAUUGCGUAUUAUCAUUUAAGUACACUCUUAUGGUUGUCAAGGGAAACAGCGCUGUGUAUCGGAAAGAAAGGGGAGGCGUACUCCGGUAGUAAAAUAUUAUAAUCCUGUUGCGCGCAUCAUACCGCAUUUAAUUUUGGACAGUAUAUAAUAUACGAGUAUUUUAAUAGCUCCCUGUGACCGCAUCAUUAUUUUGUAAUCUUGUUUUAUUACCAGAGUAUCCGGAUAUUGCACACGUAGUACCACUGGUUGAUUUUCCCAGGAAUAGAGGUAAUAGAGGGGAUGGGGGGGGAAUCAAAUGCCUUCUCUCUUGAUCUAUACUUUUGUUUAAAUACGUAUAGCAUAUAAUCAUUAGUCGUCAUAUAACACAUUUUACUACCUAUUGAAUAUAAAAAAAAUUCGAUUCGACCAUACUAAUAUUGUUUUAACAAUUAUUUCGUUUUCAUAAUACUAUAAUAUCGGUACUUUCAACCAGGGUUGUAAACCAGUUACAAUAUUAUUAGGCAUAAUACUAUAUUAAUAUUAUGCCUUCUUUAAUGAUAUUAUAUCACAGUAGUGUAGGGGUCCCCGGCAAAAUAUCUUAUAAAUAUUUUAUUACAUAAAGUUUAUUUUUUUUUUAAUGAAGUACCUUAAAUCAACCUAAACGACGAAACAAUGGAAAGCCUCCAACGUCCGUAACCUAAGCCUAACUCACAUUUCACCUGGGCAGAACAUAUAAAAAUCAAACGUACCAUCCUAAACUUCAGAAAAAAAUCACUGUAUUAUUUGCUAGCUAAUCACUUUAAACUCGAUCUUAAAACCAUAAUACUAAUUUAUAAGCAACUUUUCGUACCUAUCUGGCAUCUGGAUUCAAAACAUCUAGCUAUGGGGUGCGGCCAAAUUGUCAAAUUUAAAUAGAAUACAGAGAUUCCAAUCGAUCACCUUGCGUAUGGUAACUAAGGGACCUUUCAAUGUAUCUGAUUAUACACUUCACACAGAUCUAAAUAUCAAAACUGUUCCGGAAAUAUCCUCAAUUAAGUAUAAACGUUAUUGUUCACGAUUAGAAAACCACUGUAACCCAUUAGUUUCAGCACUUGACUUAGACUCAAUACCUGGGAAUCCCUAAAAGAGGCUUAAUAGACGAUUAUGUCGCGAUCUGAACUUUUAAAUCAAUAUAAAUUGUAGCUGCUAGGUUCCUCCAUUUAUCAAGUGACUCGUGUCAAUAUUAUUAUUAUCAUAGCACAUAUUCUUAUUUUAAAAUUAGUUUACAGAUUGUAUAUAUAAAAAAAAAAAAACAAAGUUAAAAUAUAUUAGCGUACACAUCAUUAUAAAAUAACUUCGAAUUUAUAUUUAAAUAACAACUAAUGAAAAUAAAAUAAAUGUAUACUGUGUGUGUAUACAAUGGCGUAUUUAUAUAAGUGCUAAGAGGGCUUCAUCCCUUUAUAUUUUUCGUGUUGUAUACAAAAAAUACUAAUAAUAUAAAAAUUAUUCAGCAUUGACUGAUUAUUAUUAAUAAUAAUCAUCGCAUACUACUAAUGCAAAUAAAUACCAAUAUAUUUUUCUGCAUAAUUAUGUAUAUUGGAGAACAAUUUUUUUUGGUUUAACCGCUCUCAUUGAAAAAUCCUUGAUACGUUACUGUAUGUGUUUAUCUAAUACAAUUAUCAAUAACCACCUCUGUAUGUUACCGAAAUAGGCCCACGAAAAACCAAAAAAAGGAAUACAACUACACUAAAAGAAAUCAUUUUGUAUGUGCAAAACGCACAUUCUUCGAAUCGAAUAUAUCGGAUAUUACAAAAAAAUAAGUACCGAUAUACUGGUUUUUGAUGUAUUAUUGAAGUCCGUGUCAGUUAGACAUGACCCGUGAAAAGAAACUCCCUUUAACGCAUAUAAAUGGACACCUUUAGAAAAAUAAUACUUUUUUUUUUACUGAAAACCAUUCCUGUAUAUUUAAUGUAUGGUUUUAUAGCUAGAGAUGGUUUUCUUUUCUCUACCGAUAAUAGUUGAUUUUUUUUCUAAACAAUAUUCUGCCAGGGAGAAACAAUUUUCAAAUAGAAUAGGUACUUUUUGGUAUGACUAAAAGUGGCGAACCUAGUUCCAUUAAUGCGUUCACUCCUUCACAUUUUAACCAGUCCCGGCAUUGGUUCAAGCUAUUUUUUUUUUUUGUUCUAUAGUACACACUAACCGGACACAGCUAUCGUGUCUGCGAAAUUCCAUAUGAUAUCCGUUUCGAUUUUUCAGGGAAUGAUCUAUUUGCACAGCAGUGACAUCCGUUCUCACGGUGGUCUCAAAUCGAGCAACUGCGUAGUGGACAGCCGAUUCGUUUUAAAAAUCGCCGAUUUCGGGAUAAGAAGCCUCCGAGGAAACCCGGAAGAAUCCAACAGCGAUAGCGAUUCGCACGCCUACUGGAAAGGUUUGAGUUAUUUUUUUAAAAUUGAUCAUGAUUAAAUAACGAUAUUAUGAAUCUUACUUUAUCUCUACAUUAAACUUCGACCUAAAUCGUGUAGAUGAAUAUUCGGUAUGUCUCAGUUUUAAUAUGGACGAUGACAUGUAUAAUAAUAAUAAUAAUAAUAAGACGAUAAUAAUAAUAUUAAUAAGCCUAUGUAUCGAAAAAAUAUGUCAAAAAUUGAAAUUAAAUUUUUUUUUUUAACUCGUGAUGUAAGAUAGAGUGAAACUAGUUGUUAAAAUGUUGGUAUAUUAAAUUUUUGUAAUUAUGUAUUAUGAACUCGUAUCAUAAUAUAUUAGGCCAUUUUUAUAAAGUAAUUUCUUAAAUACGUACAAAUAUAAAACGUUUCAGUCGCACUAUCAAAAUGUAAUAACAUGCCAUUAGGUAGGACAAAUUGUUAUAAUUAAAGAUUAUAGUUUACAUUUUUAGUUAUUAUUAUUUAAAAAAAAAAUCAAAAUAAUAAAAGGUAUAAUAAGGUUCGUUGCAAUUUAAAAAGAAAAUUUACCAACUAAAUUACUUUUAUUAAGAAUAAUAAAAAAGGGUAGGUACAUCGUUAUUUACACUGAUUAAACAUGCAAGAUAAAAAACACAAGUGGAAAUAACGAUAAUGGAAUUUGUUUCUUCGGGCCAUGAUUGAAAGUACAAAAUAUUUCUGCUGUAACAACUAAUUCGCGAAACAACAACUAUAUACUCGCUCUCCCUUAAAGCUGAGAGAAAUUGCGAAAAAAAAUAUCAAUUAUACAUACUGUUUCUAAACGAUGACCGUGUAAUAUAACAAAUACAAUAAAAAAAAAAGAGACACCGAGUGAUGUUUAAAACUUAAUAAAAAUGUUGAAGUACUUGCGCGAACCCAUAAACAUCGUUUACGAAGUCUGUAAGUACCGAUAUGUAAUUAAAACUUUGACAUUUAAAAUCUCGCACGUAAGAUAAAUACGACAACGUGAAACAGUAUCCAUGUUUUUCCGUCAAAAUUAAAGGAAUAAUAAAGGAUCUCUCGUCUUGACCUUUUCGUUCGAGGACAUUAAAAUAAACAUCGUGAUUAAUGAUUGUUGAAUAGAGUAUCUAUUAUCCAAGGAGACAAAGACUAAAAAGAUAUUAAAUACCUGUUUUAGAAUUUAUUAUCAAUUCUACCGUUACGAAUGUUACGAUUUUUAUAGAAAGUGGCGCACCGUCAAAUAUCUCCCGAAAAUAGUAGCAUUUAAAAUAUAUAUAAUACUUUAUUUAUUUAAAAAUAUUUAAGUCGCUCCUUUGGAUCACUUCGAAUAUUUCCAUCUGGACCAAAUGAGCUCAAAUUCGAGAAUUAAUUUUGUUUAAACAAGCGGUUUGAACUAUUGAAAUGAUAAAAGUGAGCGUAAAUUUCAAUUUUAUUUUGAACAUGUAUGGGGAUGUUUAUUUAGCUUUCAACACCCAGUUAGAUCCACCAAAUAAAGCUAAGUUGAUGAAAUUUCAUUUGGAUACGUGUAUUGCGUUUUCAUCGAGAAUGUGCCUUUUUAGCCUAUUAACUUACGACCAUUGUCCUCCACCAUUUCUAUUUGCUAUUCUAUCACUAUAA